GCAGCUCAGUCGCUCGCUUCCUACAGGGGACGCCGCCGCCGCGGUAUCUGCAUCGCGCUCCCUUCUCUCGACCUGAGACGCGCGCGCGCGAUCCGCCCGAGGAGUACCGGGAAGGGGAUGUGGAAUAAGCCUCCCGCCUGGCCCCCGCUGCGCUCCGCUUUCCUCCAGCUCUGACGGUCAUGGAGAAGAAGGCGAAGAGGCUGGCGCUCCUGCUGGGAUCGCUGCUGCUUCUUUCCGGGGUGAGUGGGUUCGCCCUGUGGAUCAACCCAGGGGUGGGGUGGGGUGUGGAAGAGGCUCGGCGACUCACUCCCAUCUUUAGAGGGCAGGGAUGGGGAGAAGAUCGCAGAUGACAGUGCGCACGGAUCGUGGCGAGGGUUGAGACGGGGGCGUCGAUCGGAUCUGCCACCCAUGGGUGCUUGUGUGUGUGUGUGUGUGUCCAGUCUGGAGUGCAGAGAUUGGGGCGGGUGGUAGCGGUUCUGCUUCGGGUCCGCUGGACACCAGGGUGCUCUGUCUCCGACACAGGAGCCAACUCCUUAGGACCAAGGUCCCUUCACCCUCCACCCCCAAAAAAAAAUAUUUGAGGGGGCCAAGCCCCCCGACAGUUGAUGAAUACUGCCAUUCAAAUAGUGUGUGCGCACUAUGUCAUGUGAUCAAUAAUUACCUCCCCACACCAGUGUUUAAUUAAAGUUGGCACCCCUAGCCACUGGGGUUAAGUUUCUCUUUUUUGGGGGGUGGAUCUGCUGGGAGGCGCCCACCCGUCGGUUCGGUCCCUAGGAAGGGUUGGUGGGGGGUUGCUAAUCAGCUGGGAAGGAACUUUUGCGCGCGUCCAACCCGAUAACGGGCUGCUGCCCUCUGCGCACUUCCUCGCGAGUAAUGCUUCGAUCCCGGGUCUCUGGCGCCCACGGAGUUCCAGAGGAGGCGCGGCGAGGAUCGCGCUGUGAAGUCAGGGAGAGUGGCUUUCUCUGCGUAGACGCGUGCAGAGGAUCCGGGUGGAUACGCAGGGUAGGGCAGCGCCGGGCUCCCUGGCCCCACCCUAACCACACCCCACGUCGGUUUGUUGGAAACCCCCCAAACAGAGAUUUGCCUGCUGGAGGAGAACAUUUGGGGCGACUAUGAGAGUCGCGGGAGUGGAGGGGUGGGGGCAGAAGAAGAGGAUGAAAAGUCCUAUUCUGACGUUUCAAAAGGGGGGCGGCGACGGCGAGGAUGCGAUCUAUCAAUUACAGUGUCCGGAAUGAUAGAUCUUGUUUUAUAUUGUUCUCUCCGGAACGUGUGAAAUGGUUUUGUGCGCGCAGGGGGCGCGGCAGGGAAACGAAAAAGAGCGGCUCCGAGGAUGUGCUGAGGGAGAGAGAGAGAGAGAGAGAGAGAGAGAGAGAGAGUUUGAGGCACGGUUCCGCCUUUUAUGAGACGUCUAAGGAGCUCUGACUAGAUUCCAGUUGGGGUGAUAAAACGAGGAAGCACGUCUGCGUGCUCGAAAGUGCUUCCAAGAAAUCAUAGCGACAAAUGUAAGCAUCUCGCUGCGCUUUCCCUGCCUCUGGAGACCCCUCUGUCACCUCAAACCUCGGUGAUAAUGAUGAUUGUGUGCGAUCAAAGAUGGGCAUCCUUUGUCCAGAAGCAGGAAGGUGCCCUGGACCAAAACUGCAAGGGGGAUAACAAAUCCUUACCCACCCUCCCUCCAAAGAGCUGCCAGGGUCAUUUCAGUCGCGCAACAACCUUAUCAGGUAGGGAAGGCUGAGAGAUAAAGCCUUGCGCAAGGAUAUCCGCCUCUCGUAACACAUUAAUAAUAACAGUAGCCCUGAGGUUGAUUUUACAUUGGGACCACCGCCGUCCUGUUUCCCUGAAUCCUCUCCUUCAGUUUGGGGUGUAGUUCUGCACAGGCUGGGUGUCCGACUGUCUGCCAAGCACGAUCCCUACAUUGGGUUGGGCUCGAUGACCUCUGAGGUCCCCAACCCAUCUCUAAAAUACAGUGGUACCUCGGGUUAAGUACUUAACUCGUUCCGGAGAUCUGUCCUUAACCUGAAGCACCACUUUAGCUAAUGGGGCCUCCUGCUGCCGCCGCGCCGCCGGAGCACGAUUUCUGUUCUCAUCCUGAAGCAAAGUUCUUAACCCGAGGUACUAUUUCUGGGUUAGUGGAGUCUGUAACCUGAAGCCUAUGUAACCUGAAGCGUAUGUAACCCGAGGUACCACUGUACUAUGAUUCUCUCACCCUCCAGCUGCUGUUUGCCCCAGGAGGCUAAACACGGUGGGAAAUGCAGGAUAUCUGCUAUUCUUUACUCCACGGGGAAAACGACAACUUCCACUCCCAAGCCCAUCCACCAACCUUCCCUGUUAUUACUUUUAAAAAAACAAAAAACCCAACUAUAGGAAGAGUGAUCCUAUUCCCGGAUCUCCCGUGUCGCACCAGUGUUAGCCUGUAGGCAAGGAAGCUAAGUUACCGAGGUCCCCUCAAAGCCAAAUCACAUACAUUGAUUAGAAAACGCAUCGGCUUUUAAGCUUCGAGUGGUCAUUUCUGCCUGCAGCCCUUCGGUUAGUGUGGAUGAAAAACGGCAGGGAGCUGGCGUGAGAGAGAGGAGGGAGAAAGAUCACAGAAGGAUGAGGGACGGUUUUAAAAAUUAGUAUUAUUUUGCAGAGGGGAGAUUUAGGAUGAGUAGCCAGACGGAGGGAGAGGCUCGCUGGUUUAGAGGGUUUGGUUGCAAUAGGGACUUAGGAAGCUGCCUGCCUUAUCCCCAGUCAGACCCAUUGGACCGUCUAGCUUAGUACUGUCGACACUGGCUGGCAGCAGCUCCCCAGGGUUUCUGACAGGGGACAUUCCCACCUAUAUCUGGAGAUGCCAGGGAUCCAAUUUCCUGCAUGCAGAGCUGAAGUUCUACCCCAGAGCUCCAACCCUCUCAAAUCGUAUAGUGUUUAGCUUGCAAAAUGGGGUGGAGGGAAGCUGGACAGACGUGGAUUUUGGAUCUCAAGGUCCGUGUUUUCCACAAACCUCAAAUCUGUGCCCGUAACUCUUUGAGUAUGCAAGGUGGAGAUCAGGUUCUUCAGUGAAGAAGGAGCCCUGCAUACGCUCAGAGGCAAAUCUUUGCUUUAUUGCCUUGCUCAUUUCUGGACAGGAAACAGUUAAUAAUAAUAAUGUCUAGGGUUGAAUCGCAUUAGCCCUUAGCAGAAAAGGAGACAGUGGACGACUAGUGCAGUAAAAGGCUAAUAUCUUAGGGGGUGUGGGUUUGGCAUGUUGAACUUUGGGGGUGAUGGACAUUUAAGGUUGGUGGCUGACUGGGAGAGGCAGAUGGCAGGACUGUAAGACAUAAAUUAGGAGGCUUGGCACCACGGCAGAGGCUGAAACAGGGACCAUGGGGGCAUCCUAGUAUAGCAUUUUUCUUGACUCUGCACCCACUGGCUUAAUUUGAAACAAGAACCAGCUCUGCAACCCAUUUUUAAUCAGUGCUUGGGCUCCCCCACUAUUUUGCCCUGGAACAGAAAUCAAUGUGCACCAACCCCCUGACCUUUGCAGUCUGAGUAUAAAACACAAACAUAUACAGACGAUUAGAAUCCCCAGACUGAAUUAGAACGCCAGCAAGGAAUAUCACCAAAGUAAACCAAAACACCAGCAGUUGCCAUUUUUGCACAAAACACAAAUGCAAGAAAUUAUGCCAAGCGGGUGAAAUUAGCAAAAUGAAUGAGACUUUAAGAAUGAUGCAGUUGAGGAGAUAACACACCCCAGAGUGCCUCUGAGCAUGUGAAAAGAAACGGCAGCUUUAUACAUGCCACCACUUAAUCCAGGCAUAGGCAAACUUGGCCCUCCAGGUGUUUUGGGACUACAACUCCCAUCAUCCCUAGCUAACAGGUCAGGGAUGAUGGGAGUUGUAGUCCCAAAACAUCUGGAGGGCUGAGUUUGCCUAUGCCUGACUUCAUCUCAUCCUGGCCUAAACAGGAAGAACUUCCAAGGAACAUGAUUAGAAGGUAGGAAGGAAGGAAUAAGACACUGCUGAGAUGUCAGUGCACAGGCACUGCCAGUGGCGUAGCGUGGGGGGUGCAGGGGGGGCCGGCCGCACCGGCCGCAACUUCUGGGGGUUAGGGUUAGGGGGCGCAAAUCCAUGGGUUAGGGGGCGCAAAUUACUUGCCUUGCCCCGGGUGCUGACAACCCACGCUACGCCACUGGGCACUGCACAGCGAAAAAGGAAAAAGAAGUAGAUUUCAGCCCCAAAGAGCUUACAGACCUAUGGAAGGAGAUCAGAGGGCAGGGAGGCAUGGAAGAGGCAGGAGUAGACUCAUAGAAUUGUAGGCUUGGAAGGGAGCAAUAUGCAGCUGCCCCAUACGGGGAUCGAACCUGCAAUCUUGGCAGGCUUGUCUAGGAAGGACCAUAGAUGCAGAAAUGCAGUCGACACACACUUUUGAGCCUGGGGGUACAGAUUUGGUGCAUGGGGAUUGUGGGAAAGGAGUUUGGGUUUAUUAUCCUUGGAGGAGGGAACUGAAGGAGAAGAGGGAGGUGGCGCUCUGAAGGUAUUAUGGGUGAAGGUCCCAGGCAUGACAGUUACAAAGGCAGAGAGUGUGCGAGUUUCCUGUUUUGCUUAAACCCUGGAAUCUCUGGGAUGUUUGAAAAAAACGAGUUAAGCAUCGGCUACACAGCUUCUCCUCGUCUUUCCCCCAGGCUGUGGACAGCUGAGUACAAUCCGUUUCUUUCAGUGCUGGGUCUACGAGAUGCCGUCCCUUUCCCCUAGAUGUAGGAAUAGGCGCUGUGUGUGUUGAGGGACACACCUUCUGCAGCUUAGAAGGCUGCAAAAGCCAGGGAGAACGAUCCCAGGACUUAAAAUAAAUGCAAUUAAAAAAGAAAGGAAGUUGCGCAACAUGUUUGUUCGCAAGUAAGCUUUGCUUAAUUUAGGAGGCGGAGGAAGGGGUGUCGGUGAAGCCUAACAUGCCUUUCCAGAUUCGCCCUCAUGCCAGAGGGGGCCAGGGAUGAUAUGUGAAGAAGAAGAAGAAGAAGAAGAAGAAGAAGAAGAAGAAGAAAAGAAGAAGAAGAAGAAGAAGAAGAAGAAGAAGAAGAAGAAGAAGAAGAAGAAGAAGGGAAAAUCAGAGGGGAAAUGAAAGGAUGGCUGUUAUUGGAUCAUGUGUUUAGUUUAGGGUUCUUCCCCCCCCCCCCAAAAAAAAAAUGAUGGGCAAACUUUAGAGCUACACAGAAUGCUUCCCCCACAAGGCUGUUCAUGAAAAAGUAAAGAAGAGGCUUGCAGAGGAUGGUGUCUUAUGAGGUCCUCAAGACUACCCUGUUUCACUGAGAAUCCAUACUGGGGUCUUUGCACAAGGCUUAUGCAGAGAUUAGGGAUGGCGAGACCUCACCAUUUCUUCUCUCUCGGUUUCUUACUUUUCCAAUCUUAAAUUCGCUCCUCUGCAUUUUGCAGUAAUUUGUGACUGUUUAUUAUUAUUAUUAAAGAAAUCCUGAUGAAAAAACACCAGCGUUUUAUUGUGAAUCUCUCCCAAUAAACACAUUUUUAAAAAGCAGGUUUGACGAAUAUACACAUUUUUGCGUGCAAUUCCUCCUAAUAAAUGCAUUUUUUUGGUAUGUUGUUUUCACUACGUCUCCAUCCUUAUGCACACUUUUAUGUCAUAUAUGCAUUUUGGGAAAUACUGUUUGAUUGCAGAACUGCAUUGCAAAAUUCAGAUGUGUGCGGAUUUUGAAGGAUGGUGCCACCCCCAUUCUCGUAUUGUUUCAGAAACUGCAGAUUUGAUGGAUCAACUUUAAACGUGAGCUGCAUGGAGUUUCUCCUCCCUCCCUUGUGGAGGUUAGUCUGUGUCUGGUCUUACUGAGCAUCCAUCCUGAUCUGCUUGCAGAGUAAACCUUCCUCUGCAUCUUUUGUCCCACCCCCACCCCCACUCUUCCCAGAGCACUUCCUUCUGGCUUCCUAACCACAAAAAGCCCAUUUUUCUUUUUUUAAAAAAUGGGUUCGUUGUGCUAGGGCAGCAGAUGGCUUUUGUCCACUCCAUGCAAACCUAAAUAUCCCUGCAUGCAUGGUGGGUUUGCAUCGUAGCAGUCUGGAGGUGCCCUGUGACAGCUUAGCAGGGAUUGUGGGGGGACGGGGAAAGGAGAAAGAAAUUGCAUGCUAAUGACAACCUCUCCCACACACUAAUUUGGCAUCUAGGGAUGUCCCUGACUCUGUGGGAGGGGCCACAGUCCAAUGGCAGGCCACAUGCAGUUUCCCAUAGACAGUCCCAAGGCUGAGUCCCAGCCUAGGAAUCUCCAGUGGAAAAGGGUCAUCUAGCAGCUCAUGGGAAAGACCCUGGAGUGAGACCCUGGAGAGCAGAUGAGGAGGAGAAAUAGAAAUCAUAGAAUCACAAAAUUGUAGACCUGAGGGUCAUCAACCGCCUGCAAGGCAGGAAUAUGCAGCUGUCCCACCCGGGGAUUGAACCUGCAACCUUGGCGUUAUCAGUGCCACGCUCUAACCGACUGAAAUACUCUGAGCCUGCUUCAAGGCACAGGUCCUGUUUGCAACGUUCGCCAAAUUAAAGGCGACGCACCUCAAACGACCCUACUUUUUCUAAGAAAGGAACAAGGAUUUGGGGGGUAGGGAAGUACUUCAGACCAGGUUCCAUGGAGCAGGCAUGGAGAAAAGAAGAAGAAGAAGAGGAGGAGGAGGAGGAAAAAGAGGAGGAGGAGCAUGGGUGUUAUUAUUAUUAACAAUAAUAAUAAUAGCGCCGUCCGUUAAUAGUUUGGGUGUAAUCUUUGACACCUCCCUUUCUAUGGAGGCGCAGGUUGUAGCCAUAACAAAGGCGGCAUUUUUCAUCUCCGCCAAGCUAAGUAGUUGGCUUCCUACCUCUCUUGCCCUCACCUAGCCACUGUGAUCCAUGUGACGGUCACCUCCAGGCUUGAUUAUUGUAACUCACUCUACGUGGGGCUGCCCUUGAGACUGACCCAGAAACUCCAGCAGGUGCAGAAUGCCAUGGCGAGACUCCUUAUGGGGUCCUCACCAUGGGAUCACAUUCGUCCGGUGCUAUACCAACUGCACUGGCUCCAGGUGGAGUACAGGAUCAGGUUUAAGGUGCUGGUUUUAACCUUUAAAGCCCUAUUCGGCCUAGGACCCUCAUACCUACAGGACCCCCUCUCCUGGUAUGUCCCACGGAGGACCUUAUAGUCUUCAAAUAAAAACAUCUUGGAGAUCCUGGGCCGCAGGAAGGUUAGGCUGGCCUCGACCAGAGCCAGGGCUUUUUCAGCCGUGGCCCCGAUCUGGUGGAACGCUCUGUCACAAGAGACUAGGGCCCUGAGGGACUUGACAUCUUUCUGCAGGGCCUGCAAGAUGGAGCUGUUCCACCAGGCCUUUGGCCAGGGCACAGUCUGACCCCCUUUCUCCUUCUGUAAUCCUCAUAGAACUCUAGCCCAAUGGUUGCCAUUAAUUUGAUUCUGAAUUGUUUUUAGAAUGUAUUUUAAUUGACUGUGUGAUUUUAUGUACACUGUGCUAUUUUUACUUGUUGUUAGCCACUGUGAGCCCAGCUUUGGCCACUUGCUUAUUAGUACAGCUUAGCUAUUGUGUAUACAGGUAAGCAGGGUGCCCAUUUGCUGGGCAUUACAUGCAACUAAUUUUGCGAGCGUGCAGAUCAACCCAGGUAUACAGGUGUACAGGGAUUGUACACUUGUUGAAUCUAAUGUGUGAACAUCCCUAUUGUUGGUGUUUUAAGAAAUGUUGGAUGAGAGGUGUGCUCCAGCACCAGAGAGGGUGUGUGUAAAUUGUGGGGGGAGGGCGGAGAGUAUUUAUGGUGCAGUGGGCAAGAUUGUUAUCCGACCUUAUUGGUGCGGGCCAACUUUGACUGGUGCAUGGUCCUGCCCACCUGCCCAUCCCAUCACCCAAUGUCAUUGUGAUGCUGGAUGAUUGAAAGUCAGGUCAUCCUGCCCACCUCUCAGCACCAAUCAUAGGGCUGGACAAAGCUGCUUUCUGCAGGGAUUGGCUGCUCCACUGCUGACAUCACAUAUGACAUCAGGUGUCGGGCAAGUGGGUGUGGUUUGGGGAAAUAGCUUUGGGACCCACACCAAGCCGAAGGUGGUGGACUCUCCUUCCUUGGAAGGUGGUAAACAGAGGUUGGAUAGCCAUCUGUCAUGGAUGCUUUAGUUGAGGUUCCUGCACUGCAGGGGGUUGAAGACCCUCAAGAUGUCCCUUCCAACUCUACAAUUCUAGACUGGUGCCAGUGUGGUGUGGUGGUUAGGAGCGGUAGUCUUGUAAUCUGGUGAACCGGGUUCGAGUCUCCGCUCCUCCACAUGCAGCUGCUGAGUGACCUUGGGCCAGUCACACUUCUCUGAAGUCUCUCAGCCCCACUCACCCCACAGAGUGUUUGUUGUGGGGGAGGAAGGGAAAGGAGAAUGUUAGCCGCUUUGAGACUCCUUAGGGUAGUGAUAAAGCGGGGUAUCAAAUCCAAACGCUUCUUCUUCUGGUGACUGGGAGCGGCCGCCGAGAACAUGUAACACCGGUCCUGAAAGACCUACAUUGGCUCCCAGUAUGUUUCUGAGCACAAUUCAAAGUGUUGGUGCCGACCUUUAAAGCCCUAAAUGGCCUCGGCCCAGUAUACCUGAAGGAGCCACCACCAAGAAGGCCUUCUGCCUGGUUCCCUGUAACCUCACUUCUUGCAGGGAGGGAACUGCCAGAAGGCCCUCGGAGCUGGACCUCUGUGUCCGGGCUGAACGAUGGGGGUGGAGAUGCUCCUUCAGGUAUACUGGACCGAGGCCUUCUAGGGCUUUAAAGGUCAGCAGCAACACCUUGAAUUGUGCUCAGAAACAUACUGGGAGCCAAUGUAGGUCUUUCAGGACUGGUUAUAUGGUAUCGGCAAUUUAUGCACUGCCUUUUUAAAAAGGAAAAGCAGUUUAAAAACUCUAUCCACUGUACGACAGUGUCCCCGAUAUGCAAGGUGAGUCUGCCUAUCUGCUCGCUAGGCUGUGCUCCAUCUUCCCUCAGUUUUGGACCACGGAGGACGAGCUUUGUUUGACAAGACCGAGGCGGCAACAGACACAGCUCCUGGCGCCCCCUGACACCUCUGGUUUAAUUUAUGGCACCUCCGAGGCUAAUUGAUGUAUUGUGGCCAGAGCUGUCACAGGCAAAAGCUUCCCUUCAUCUGAAGCACAGGGCUGAGAGGGUGCUGGAUGUAUAAUUCACAGGGCCUGCGGUGCAAGGGAGAUGAAGUGAUUAGCGGGAUGAGACCCAGUGGAGGCAGAGAAAGAGAAGUGCGACUCAUUAGCCAGAGUGCUAAAAGCCACAGAAGUAUAACUUAAGUAUUCUCCUGAGCACGCAAGGACACAGAUUUGCAUGAAAUUCGCCUUUUCAUUUUAUUUCAUUAAUACCCCAUCUUUCCUCAAGUGAGCUCAAGGCAGCAAGCAUGGCUAUCCCGCUUCCUUGUUUUGUGUGUGUUUUAAUAUUUUGUUGGAAGCUGCCCAGUCCGAUGGGCAACAUAUCCUCCUCCUCCUCAUCAUUACCCCCUACAAAUAUGAUCCUCAGAACAACCCUGUGAGGUAGAUCAGGCUGAGAGACAGUAACUGGCCCAAGGUCACCCAGUGAGCUUCAUGGGCGAGUGGGGAUUGGAACCCUGGUCUCCCAGGUCCUUGUCCCAACUCUCUAACCCAGGGGUAGCAACCUAAGGCCCAGGGGCUGGAUCCGGCCCAAUUGCCUUCUCAAUCUGGCCUGUGGAUGGUCCGGGAAUCAGUGUGUGUUUUCAUGAGUAUAGGUAAAGGUAAAGGGACCCCUGACCAUUAGGUCCAGUCGUGGCCGACUCUGGGGUUGCGGUGCUCAUCUCGCUUUAUUGGCUGAGGGAGCCGGCGUACAGCUUCUGGGUCAUGUGGCCAGCAUGACUAAGCCGCUCCUGGUGAACCAGAGCAGCACACGGAAACGCCGUUCACCUUCCCGCCGGAGCGGUACCUAUUUAUCUACUUGCACUUUGACGUGCUUUCGAACGGCUAGGUUGGCAGGAGCAGGGACUGAGCAACGGGAGCUCACCCCAUUGUGGGGAUUCAAACCGCCGACCUUCUGAUCAGCAAGUCCUAGGCUCUGUGGUUUAACCCACAGUGCCACCCACGUCCCCCAUGAGUAGAAUGUGUCUUUUUAUUUAAACUGCAUCUCUGGGUUAUUUGUGGGGUCUGCCUGGUGUUUUUAAAUGUGUAGAAUGUGCCCUUUUAUUUAAAAUGCAUCUCUGGGUUAUUUGUGGGGCAAAGGAAUUUGUUCAUCCCCCCCCCAAAAAAAAUAUUCCGGCCCACCACAUGGUCUGAGGGAUGGUGGACUGGCCCCUUGCUACAAAAGGUUGCUGACCCCUGCUCUAACCUCUACACUUCACCAACUAUGCACAGAUGGAUAUUUGGAGCAUGGUACUGAUAACACCAAGGUUCAAUCCCCACAUGCGACAGCUGCAUAUUCCUGCAUUGAAGGGGGUUGGACUAGAUGAUCCUCGGGUCCCUUCCAACCCUAUGAUUCUAUGAUACAGUGUCUCUAGUAUUACCGUCAUUUAAAUAAAUGCAUCUCAACAUAGUGAAGAAAGCCUGAGACCGGGUGACCUGUCUGCUUGCCUGCUCAGUCUGCUUCAAGACCCCUGUUGUUCUUGACUUUUCUUUUCUUUUUAUAAAUUUUCAAAAUAACCUUUAUUAUACAGUGGUACCUCAGGGUAAGAACUUAAUUUGUUCUGAAGGUCCGUUCUUAGCCUGAAACUGUUCUUAACCUGAGGUACCACUUUAGGUAAUGGGGCCUCCCGCUGCCGCCACCGCAUGAUUUCUGUUCUCAUCCUGAAGGAAAGUUCUUAACCCGAGGUAUUAUUUCUGGCUUAGCGGAGUCUGUAACCUGAAGUGUCUGUAACCUGAGGUACCACUGUACAUCAAUUAACAUUACUUUACAUAAAACUUAGACAGUACAUACAAUACAAACAACACUCAUUCCAUCCAUUACAACUUAAACACACCUUAGACACUAACUUCCGAUUCUUCUCAUUGUACUGUUUUGUUAUCCUGUACACAGUUCAUUAUUGUUUUUUCGUUUCUCCAUUUCUUAUCAAGACUCUUCUAUUGUACACUGUCUUUAUGUUUCAAGAUUCAUUCUAGAUCUGCAAGGAGUUACCGUUAUCACAAUAGUUUUUAAGAUAUUCUUUAAACAUUAUCCACUAUUUAUUAAAUUUCUGUAUCGACUUUCCUCUUAACGUCCCUGUCAUCUUUCCGAGUUGUAAAUAUUCUAUCAUUUUUGCUUGCCAGUCAGUUUUUGUGGGGGUGUUAUCACUUUUCCAAUUCUUUGCUAUCAAAAUCCUAGCUGCUGUGGUCGCGUACAUGAAUAGAGGUCUAUGAUUUUUCUUAAUUUCCAUGGACAUUAUUCCUAAUAGGAAGGCCUCAGGUUUUUUGAUGAAUAAGAAUUUGAAUAUCUUUUUAAGUUCUUUAUAUAUGGUGUCCCAAAAUUCUCUUAAAGGUAAAGGGACCCCUGACCAUUAGGUCCAGUCGUGACCGACUCUGGGGUUGCGGCGCUCAUCUCGCUUUAUUGGCCGAGGGAGCUGGCGUACAACUUCCGGGUCAUGUGGCCAGCAUGACUAAGCCACUUCUGGUGAACCAGAGCAGCGCACAGAAACGCCGUUUACCUUUCCGCCGGAGCGGUAUCUAUUUAUCUACUUGCACUUUGACGUGCUUUGGAACUGCUAGGUUGGCAGGAGCAGGGACCGAGCAACGGGAGCCCACCCCGUCAUGGGGAUUUGAACUGCCGACCUUCUGAUCGGCAAGUCCUAGGCUCUGUGGUUUAACCCACAGUGCCACCCACGCCCCUAAAAUUCUCUUAUUCUCUUACAAUCCCCGCCACAUGUGCAUAAAUGUACCAACCCCAUUUUUACACCUCCAACAAACCUCUGAAUUGUUUUUAUACAUUUUUGCCAAUUUGGCUGGGCUUAGGUACCACCUUGUAUAGCAUCUUCAUUACAUUUUCUCUGAGACUGUAACAAGCAGUGAAUCUAAUAUCCUCCUUCCUCAGCCUUUCCCGCUCGUUCAUGUAAAUAUUGUGUCCGACACCUUGGGCCCACCGUUGUUCUUGACCUUUCAACUGGAUUCUUGCAAAGAGAGAAGUGCCCUUUGUAAAGGACACAUGCACACAUGGCCACAACACAGAAAUGCAGUAGCAGAUUUUCCCAAAUAGGACAAACACCCUAAAUCUUUAUCCCAAGCCUGAGAAAUGCAAUCAAACUGGGGAAUGUGCUCCAGCUCUGCAGGUGUUCUUUUCCAACCGUCCUUGUGAAUUUUUGUUGCUCAAGUAGAACGACCCUAAGGUCAGAAAUCGCACGUCCAGGAAAAAACAGAACCUAAGUUACGAACACUUCCCCACCCCCCGAUUUAGAGAUCUUGAAAGGGGGCAGGAAAUCACGGCCGGUUGUCAUAUCUGACUGAAGUGGCAGGGGAAAGAAAAUAAAGAGAUGACUCAAUUGACAAGGAGUUAGUUACGGCCUUAGAAACACCCUCAAUUUCCUAUGUAGGGGGAUAAAAUCAAAGCCCUUCUCCCAGCCAGCCACCCUACAUUGCAGCUGUUACUGGUACUUAUUGUUUAGAGAAAAAGUUGAAUAAUUUGCCAAACAAAUUAUUCACUCCCGCUGCUGCUCAGCGAUGGAGGCUGCUACGUCUGCCCAUUUUACAGAUGGGAAAAGGGAGGCUGGGAGGUGGUGAUUUAUCCACGGCCUCAUGGCGACUCCAUGGAAGAGGUGGGGCUUGAUUUCCAUGUCAAAUAGUUCACAUCACAGGCCAAACAGAGGAAGGGAGGGAGGGAUUUAUUGCGCUGAGGUUUAUCGGACCGCAAGAAAAUAUUUGUGGCUUGUGAACAGGCAACUUUGUGCAACUUUUAAAAAAGUCGCUUUGAGUUUCAGUUUUUUGGGGGGAAAUGAAAUAAAUAAAAAUAAUAUCUACAUGGUGGCCUUCAAAAAGGUGCAACUGUGAUGAUGGGAAUUUGCAGUGACUGUGUAUUAUUUAGCCUCCAAGUUGCACAUCUCUCUGUGUGUGCACAGUUUGGCUACAUACAGUCCUACCAACAUUUAUGAAAGAAACCCCCUGGGUUCUCUAACUCUGGCUUAUUUCUUCCUUGCAGCCAAAAGACCGCAGUUCCAACUCCUUUUCUGAGCAUUCAAAGCCCAACCCCUUGUGCCCCUACAAAUAUGGAUUGCUUCCCUCGAAACAGCACUUGCCUGGAUAUUACAAUUGCUGGGUGGGAUUUAUGUAAGGCUUCCCUAUGGAACGGCUUCUUGCAGUAUGAUUAGUCAUCAUGAGACACAGCCCUUCCUCCUCCACUCUCAAUUGUUUUGUGAUGCCCCUUAAUUUAUGUUCAAAAAUAUUCCCAGUUGCCUUGAAACUGCGAGAGCUGGUGUAACGUAGAGCAUAUUUGUUCAGAAAUACAGUCAAACCUCGGCUCCUGAAUGGUUCCGUUUUUGAACGAUUCAGCUCCCGAACACCGAAGACCCGGAAGUAAACACUCUGAUUUUCAAAUGUUUUUCAGAAGCCGAACAUCCGACGCGGCUUCCGCUUGAGUGCAGGAAGCUCUUGCAACCAAUCGGAAACCGUGCCUCGGUUGUCAAACGUUUCGAAAGCCGAACAGGCUUCCAGAAUGAAUUAUGUUCAACAACUGAGGUUUGACUGUAAGUCAUGUUAAGAGGGAGUUUAGGCUGCACUUCUACAUGCUGUGGCAAGUGGAUGGAAACCUGUUUUAAUCCAAGGACCACACUCCAUACUGAGCAACCUCGCAAAGGCCUCCUGUGCCCAGGUGUGGGCGGGGCCAGAGGCAAAAGGUGGGCGGGGCAGCAGAUAUGAUUCUGAGCCCCAUACAGUAGGCAACAGUUGAGUCAGAGGUGUACACAUGCGCGAACACACACACGACUCUGUCUUCCAUCUUAUUGCACUUCCUGCCAGGCAAAAGCAGAUGUGGAACAGGGAUGAAGAGAGGGGUGUGCUGGCGAGAGUCUCAGGCAGGGGUCAGCAACCUUUUUCAGCCGUGGGCCGGUCCACCAUCCCUCAGACCAUGUGGUGGGCCGGACUAUAUUUUGAAGGAAAAAGUGAACCAAUUCCUAUGCCUCACAAAUAACCCAGAGAUGCAUUUUAAAUAAAAGGACACAUUCUACUCAUGUAAAAACAUGCUGAUUCCCGGACCGUCAGCAGGCCGGAUAGAGAAGACGAUUGGACCUGAUCCGGCCCCCAGGCCUUAGGUUGCCUACCCCUGGUCUCAGGGGUCAGAGAGGGAGGCAUUUGCCUCCCACACCCCAGCCUAACCCUGGUUAUCCAUUCCUCCCCUGGGUGUAGCUCCCAUUGAACUUGGCCAGGCUUACUUCUGAGCAGCCAUGACUGCAGGCUCCCUGACCUAUGGAUCGGGUGGUCUGUUACUUGAUUCUCACCUCUGUCAAAGACACACCUAGCAGCCUUCAUCAAUUCCCUCUCAGUUUCAGCUCCCCAUCUGCGAUAUGGGCGUGUGAUCAGGGUGGCCCGCACUACAGGAUUGUCGUACCACUGCAGAAAAUUAUGUAAGCGAGCGUUGAAAGCACAUUACAUCAGGUAAUGUUUGCAAAGUGCUUUUAGCACUCUGUUAAGUAUAUCUACACAUGCCAAGUAUUAUUGCCAUGCGCAUUAAAACUCUGGGGGAGGAAUGCACUCUGCUGUGGAUUACUAAAGUGCUUAUACAGGAGUCUUCAUGUAGACAUUUUUGUUUUAAAUUGCAGCCUUAGCCUUUCCAUUCCCCAACUCCCUUUUAUUUUCCUUUCAAAGGAGGUGCACAUCCCAGUUCCUUCUACAAAUGUGCCUUCCUCUCUCCCUUUCAUCUGUCUACCUCUCUGUCCACACAGAUAAUCUCAGACAGGCUGAAAAGGCACCUGGGCCUGCUUCAGUCGUCGGGUGGAAAGUGAAAUAUUUAGAAGUUAACCUGCAACAUUCAUAGGGGAAAUUUGCCUAUGUUCUCUGAGAGAUAGCUAGCAGUGCAGUCGCAGGAGUGGAAUUUGGGUUUUGACUUUUAAAUGUAAUUUCCGAACAGGGAGGGUGUGGGUUGCAGCUAAAUCUUAGCCCUUCUCAGAGUAGACCCAUUGCAGAUAAUGGAGGGGAAUAACUUAGGUCCAUUAAUUUCACUGGGUCUCCUCUGAGUAUAACUUUGCUAGAUACAAACCUGUGCGUGCAUGAGACGGUGAGUUAAGUAUACAGUUUACUUUAUUUUUAUUUAUAUGUUAGAUUCUUAUACCGCCCCUUCAUCACAAGAUCUCCGGGUGGUUCACAAGAUAAAAAAAAUACCAGGUAAAAGAACAAAUCAAUAAUUAAAACAAAACCAACAAAAUAACAAUUCCCACCCACACCUCCCAUAGAGUUACCACAUGCUUACUCAGAAGCAAGUCCUACUGAGUUUGUGAGAUUUACUCCCACCCAGCAAAGUGUGUUUAUCAUUGCAACCUUCAUUUCUAAAAUAAGAAGGACCAGGCUUGAAGUCUAAAACCCAGUGACUGCUCCCUCUUCCCCCAUUUAUGUGUUGGCCCUGGCUGUGGGUGCUUAGGGAUGGGCUGAGAAGCCUGUUGACAUUCACAGCUUUCAAGACGGAGUUCUGGCACUGAAAACAACCAGACCAAGUUCAAGGUGUGUCCAUUAGCAUCUAAGGCCCAGCUUGGGACCAUUUAACCUGCAAGAUCGCCUUGCCUCAAAUAUGCCCACUCAACCACUUUAAUCUACGACACUGUUUAAUCUACUGCACUGUUACAGCUGCCACCUAAUACUCAUCCUGCGUGAGUAAGAAAUCAGUAUUUUAGUGUGGCAGCAUCUGCACUUGGGAACUCCCUGCCACUUGACACCAGGCAGGUCCCUUCGCUAUACCCUUUUUGGCGCCUGCUGAAAACAUUUUUAUUUAGGUCAACCAGAAAUGUAGGGUGUUGACAUGUGUUUUAAUUGGGUUUUCAGUUUAUAGUUAUUAAUAUUUUUAAAUCGUUGUUUUAAAGCUGAUUUUUUAUUGUUAUUAUUAAAAUCAUUAUUAUUAAUUGUAUACUAUUUAUAUAAUUAUUAUUAAUUAAUAUAUUAUUUAUAUAUUAUUAAAAUUAUUAUUUGAUUUUCAAAAAGAAAGAAGAAACCAAACAUACAUCAAAAGAUCAUACAAAACCCACAUAUCGAGUUUGCUCUGAAUCUCCUGACCCUCCCCUCCCUCCAUCCCAUCCAUGCAUAUCAAUACUUCUCCAAUUUUAUAUCUUCCUAAGUUAUCUGUACUUUCUGUUACCUUACAAGUGUGUUUAGAAACCUGCUAAUAUUUUGACCUGUUUGAAAUAAUUUUGUAUAUACAUUAUAAACAUUUCCCAUUCUUUUUUUUUAAAAAAAACUUGUCUUUUUUAUUUUAAACCCCUAAUCAUUUAAUUGUUUUAUUCAUUUUGUAAAGUGUGUUGAGGUUCGUUUUUGUUUUACAAUUGAGCCGUAUAGAAAAUUCAGGAAAUUAACUAACUAACUAACUAACUAGUUAGGAAGUGAAAAGAUCCUGCUCUUAAACAUGAUUACUUUAUUGGAAGUCAAUAGCACUUUAAAUCAACCAGGUUUCUCUUUGAGGAAACAGAGUCAGGUUGGGGCUCCUCUGUGUGAGCUCACACUUAGAUUAUUGUAUUUUUUACUGCCUGGGUGGGGAAAGCUCCUUUGUGAGGGUUUUCUGCCUCAGGUACCACAAUAGCUUGACUGGCCUUGGAUACACUUUAUACCAUGAUAUAGAGGUGGCAGGAUGGCAGGGGCACCACCUGCUUUUCUGCCUCAGGCGGCAAAAUAUUUUGGGCCAGCCCUGUUGGCCUAACCCCCCCCCCCAUAUAACCACCUCGAAGUGUAGAAUGAAAGGUUUCUCUUCUCAGUUCAUUGUAUUUCUUUCCAAAGGAGAAGGAGGAGGAGGAAACCCCACUGGUCCAAACAUGAGCCCGACUUAGAAAGCAAUUAAAAGCUUGGCAAAGGUGUCUCUCCCCUCUCUCUCCUCGUUUUGUUCCACCUGUCAGAAUGCUUUAUGGGGUUAAUACCUACGGCUUUGUCAACAGGAGUCGUGUUAAUAGCAAGCACAUUUGGAUGGGCCUAAUGCAGAACAUGUGUCCUCCCCCGAGAGUGAUAAUCUGUGGGGAAGGGAGGUCCUGGACUCUUAGGGAAAACCCAAAGCUGAAGUGUGGGGCAGGAUGCAAUCCUGCUCCCAAAGAAAGCUGGUGGUGAAAUGGAUGUUACAUUUUUUUACACGCUGUUGAGAAGUGGAUUUUGUGUGUGUGUGUGUGUGUGUGUGAGAGAGAGAGAGAGAGAGAGAGAGACUGAAGAGGCAACGCUUACUCACUUUUUACCUUCCUUGCUUAAGAAGACCUUCUUUUAUUUACACAGCCUGUUGCACUUCCAGGACUUAAUUUCUGCCAGCGGGGAGCACUGGAACCUAUUUUCAAUGUGAGAGUCCAGCCCUGGAAAGCAUUGAGGCAUGCCUUUAAUUUUUAUUAUUAUUUGACAGGUGGAGAUCUCUCUCUCUCUCCCCCUGAUCUGAGAGAGAGAGAACCUGGUGCCAUCCAAUUGUUGUUGUACUCCAGAUCCCAUCGGCCCCAGCCAUUGUGGCCAAUGGUCAGGGAUGAUGGGAGUUGUGCUUAGGGAUGGGUGAAUCCACCAGUUCUGGUUUCUUGCAGUUUCUCAUCUUUUCCAGUCAUAAAUCCAGCUCCCCACAUUUCCAUGUCAGUUUGUGAUCCCCCACCCCCACUUAAGUCCUUGUGAAAAUUCUUCAGCAUUUUAAGGCAAAUUUCUGAUAAAAUACAAGCUUGUGUGCAAUUUUGCCUAAUAGACACAUGUUUGCACAGCUGUCUUUCCUUAAAACAAUAACAAUGCAUGUCUGUAUGUUAUUUUCACUUAUAUGCCUUUUGAUGCACAUUUCCUUCCCCUCAAUAUCUGCAUUUUUGUGGCUAUUACUCGGUUAGAUUGCAAAAUUCGGGAAAAAGUGUGCGUUUUGAAAGAUGGAUGUGUCUUGGUUUGCACAUUGUUUUGGAGAGUGCAAACCAAGCAGGUUUGCCUUUUAAUGUGGACUGAACUGAAUUCCUCUCCAGCCCCUAGCUGUAGUCCAACAGGAUCUGGAGGACAGUAGCCUACCCACCCUUGAUCUCAUUGGCCUUUUCUCAUAAAGAGAUCCAAGAUGGCAAACAGGAUCAUUUCAUAGAAGUCAAGAUAGAAUUAACAAAAAAAGUAUCAAAACAAAUAAAGGACAGAGAACAGAGUUGGUGCUGAGCAUGUGCAGAGUGUUCACUCCCUCAUUGCUGAGCAACAGCAGCCUGGUCCAGUCUCCACACCCCACACACCUUGGUGGAGGAGCCUGAAAAUCCUGCUUCAGGACCACCCUGGGCAUAAAAUGACCCCUUCCCUCGCUGGUCCUUAGUUGAUCAAGCAUGGUCAAGUUGACCAUCCACCUGUGUUUUGUAGGCUGUAUGUUUUGAAGAGAAGUCAUGGGUCAGUGGUAGAGCACACACUUUGCCUGCAGAAGUUCUAUGGUUCAACCCCUAGUACUUCCAGUUAGAAGGGUUCUUCCUUAAGUAACAGUGCUGGAAGAAACCCCUGCCUGAAACCUUGAGAAAGCUUUUGACAGAGUAGACUAGCCUACCCUUGAUGUAGCUGGACUACAACUCCCAGCUCCCCUGACCAUUAGCUGUGCUGUCUGGGGCUGAUGGCUGUUGUAGUCCAAAUAUCUAGAGGGCACUGACUUGGGGAUGACUGCAUUAGACUAUACUGUCAGACUCAGGAUAAAACACCUUUCUGUAUCAACACACCUGAGCUUAGGAGCAGAACGCCAGGGUCAAACGAUAUGACUUCCAAGCAGGCAUAAACUUAGAAAGGAAGCACUGGAGAGCUCCAACAGAGGAGCUGAGCCUGGGCAGGGACUGUAGCCUAGUGCCCCUGCUUUUAUUGACCAAAGAGGAACAGGUCUGCCAUUACCACUACUCCAUGUUUAUCUAGCCUCAACAGCAUGCUGGCUGCUCCUUUUUCAGGACUACUACUGAAUCAGAUCAAUGUGUAUAAUGGGGCAUACAGUUAGCAAGGAAUAAUGUAGCUUGAGAAAUCAAUUGGCUGUCAGGGCUCGUCCAGACUUCCUUUCAUGCACAUUUCCAGGUUUUAAAGUUCUGUACCUGAGCGGUUUUGUAAAAGAAUCCUGGUGCUUUCCCCAGGAAAACCCACAUUUUGCCACUGAAGUGGAGCAAAUGGCAGUCAGAUUUCCCGCAGAUUGCCAUUCGCACUGGUUUAGUGGUAGAGCGCAGCUUUUCCCGGGGAAAGAGCCGGAACAAAAAAACAAACCUGUCAGACACAUAGCUUUAAAGUGCAGAUCUGUGCCUGCAAAGGACAGGGUAAAAGGAAGCCUGGAUGAACACUCAGUUUCAACACAAGGCCAAUUAUUAGCUAAUUCCAUCCCACCUGAAAUUUCUGUUUCCCACCUGCCUAGCUGUAUACAGUGCUUACUGUAGCCAUUUCCCAAAUUGUUAGUGUGCGGAGGGACUUUGCUGUGCCAUGAGAUUCCUCUUAGCAAGCUGCCGGGUAAAGAAAUACUUAAGUAACUCUUAGUCCUGUCCUCCCCGAGCCCAAAACACCCAUCCUGACUUCUGACUGGAUCCUGGGAUGUCCUGCUUUUUUGGUCCAGCGCUCCGGCACGAGUCAGCUGGUUUGCACCUUGAGUACUGAACCCAAGAGGGAAGCGGGUGGCGCUGUGGGUUAAACCACAGAGCCUAGGGCUUGCUGAUCAGAAGGUCGGCGGUUCGAAUCCCCACGACGGGGUGAGCUCCCGUUGCUCGGUCCCUGCUCCUGCCAACCUAGCAGUUUGAAAGCACGUCAAAGUGCAAGUAGAUAAAUAGGUACUGCUCUGGUGGGAAGGUAAACGGCGUUUCUGUGCGCUGCUCUGGUUUGCCAGAAGCGGCUUAGUCAUGCUGGCCACAUGACCUGGAAGCUGUACGCCGGCUCCCUCAGCCUAUAAAGCGAGAUGAGCACCACAACCCCAGAGUUGUCCGCGGCUGGACCUAAUGGUCAGGGGUCCCUUUACCUUUAUCUUUACUGAACCCAAAGAUGCUAGAGGUUUUUUUUUAAUCUCAAACUUUUAUGCCAAUCGGCUGGCCCCCACGAGAGUUCGGGACCGGAAAAAUGAGCACCCCGAUUUUGAUCAAUGGCAUGUUGGAGGUCAUGGAGUUCUAAGAGCGAGACCCUGGCCUGACAAGCCGCUGCGCUCCGAAAAAGGCAGCAAGCCAAUAUAUAACUAAGCUUUAAAGCACCUGCUCUUCUCCCGAAAGAAUUAACUCAGCUCUGCUGCAGACUUUACCUCUGCUCCACUCUAGAGGCUGCCUGCCUAACCACACAGCUCCUUGGACGUAUUACUGCCUUGCUUGGAAAAGGGUAAUAUUUAUUCGUAAGCUAACUGCUACUCCCGAGAGGCAGAAGAUGCAUCUAAAUCCUCCCAGCACCAGAUUAUAAAGCACUUUAAAGUAUACAUUUUCAAUUAUUGGGCCUCUGGAUUCCUGGGAAGAUAAUGUCCCUUCUGACGUUAUGCGCUUCUCCGGAAGAAUUGUGGGGAAGCAGGUCUGCAGUCAGUAAAUCUAUUAGCAGCAUCGUCUGGCUUUAUGACGAGACAAAUUGUUUGGGAGAUGGGGCAUAAAUCUUUCUCUUAGGCUGCAGUCCCUCCCCCUCCUCCACUUACCAAUUGAAUUCAAUAGCACUUACUUCAGAGUAGACAGGGCUGCCUUGUUUGUAGACUUGCAAGGCUUACCUUGGCCUAUUCAGUUUCAAUCCUUUUGACUUUGUGGACCAGCCCUUGCAAGUCCAGCUAAAAUAAUUUUGUUAGGCAUCAAGUAGAGAGUUGGACUAGUUGAUCCUUGGCUUCCCUUCCAACUCUAGGAUUCUAUGAAGUAUUUAAGGCUUGAAAAUGUUCACAUGCUUAUUUUUAAAAAAGUCUAGAUACUUACAAAGCUAAAUCCUUAAGUAUCACUGACAAAUCCAAAGGCAAUAAAAGCUUGCUGAAUUCUAUACUUGUUGGUAAACCUGGCCACAUCUGAUGAGUUUAGUUUUCCUGAAAGUGGUUUUCCUGGAGUGGCUGUCAAUCGCUCUUGCAAGGGCACUGUGAGAAAUGUAGCUCUGUGAGGGGAAUGGGCGGGGAGUUUCCUGCCAUAUAACACCAGUCCUGAAAGACCUACAUUGACUCCCAGUACAUUUCCGAGCACAAUUCAAAGUGUUGGUGCUGAUCUUUAUUUAUAUUUUUUUUAAAAUGAUAUUUAUUAAAGUUUCAAGGAAAAAAAGAAUUACACAAAAACAAAAAGUAAAAAUACAAGAAAAAUACAAAAUACAGAGUAAAAGAAUAAAAGACACUUAAAAAGAAAAAAAAGAAAAAUGGAUCAAUCUUUCCAUAGCUUACAUUCAUAUCCUUGUUUCCCUGACCUCCUCAUACCUCCCUUUUUUGUAUUCCAGUUCAAUUAGUUAAGUCAGCAAUUUCUUUCCCUCUUUGUUUUCUCACGAUCCUUUAACUUGAUAUACUAUAACUUUAAAUUUUCAUCUGUUAUCAAUCCUUUUUUACAUACACCUUUAUAGCAUUACUGCUUAAACCACCUAGCUUCAUUCCAACAUCAUUCUAACAUUCAUUAAUUUUGCAAUAUUUCUGUAAAUAGUCUUUAAAUUUCUUCCAAUCUUCCAAUCUUUAAAUUUCUUCCAGUGUUGGUGCUGAUCUUUAAAGCCCUAAAUGGCCUCGGCCCAAUAUACCUGAAGGAGCAUCUCCACUCCCAUAAUUCAGUCUGGACACUGAGGUCCAGCUCCGAGGGCCUUCUGGCGGUUCCCUCACUGCAAGAAGUGAAGCUACAGGGAACCAGGCAGAGGGUGCCUUCUCGGUUGUGGCGCCCGGCCUGUGGAAUGCCCUCCCAUCAGAUGUCAAGGAAAUAAAUAACUACCUGACUUUUAGAAGAUAUCUGAAGGCAGCCCUGUUUAGAGAAGCUUUUAAUGUUUGAUGUUUUAUCAAGUUUUUAAUAUUCUGUUUGGAGCCUGACACUCUAACAACUGCACCACACUGUCUCUGUGUUCAUGCAUCCCAUUUCAGGAAGCGAGUAACACACACCUUCUGCUUGCCUCUCGCCACAGGGCUCUGCGUGGGCCAAGGAGACCUGCCCCACCGAGAAGUACACCGCCAGUGGAGAAUGCUGCAAAGCCUGUAACGUCGGGGAAGGCGUUGCCCAGCCCUGCGGGAUGAACCAAACCGUCUGUGAACCAUGCCUGGACAGUAAGUAACACAUGAGCAUCCUUUGCCCUUCCCUGAAAAGUGUGCAUGAUCUCGUUGCUUAAAAUCAUCGCCCCUAAAGGGCGAUCAAGAGGCAGACACAGGAAAUUCCACGAAUUAUUUUCUUUCUUUAUUCAAUUUAUAUACCACCCUUUAUCAAAAGAUCCCAGGGUUGUGUACAACAUUAAAAACACAUGGCAGAACACCAAUAAUAAAAACAUAAUAAAAAGGAUAAAGGUAAAGGGACCCCUGACCAUUAGGUCCAGUCGUGGCUGACUGGGGUUGCGGCGCUCCUCUUGCUUUAUUGGCCGAGGGAGCUUCCAGGUCAUGUGGCCAGCAUGACUAAGCCGCUUCUGAUGAACCAGAGCAGCGCACGGAAAUGCCGUUUACCUUCCCGCUGGAGCAGUAUCUAUUUAUCUACUUGCACUUUGGCGUGCUUUUGAACUGCUAGGUUGGCAGGAGCAGAGAUCAAGCAACGGGAGCUCAUCCCAUUGUAGGGAUCCGAACCGCCAACCUUCUGGUCGACAAGACCUAGGUGCUGUGGUUUAACCCACAGCACCACCUGCGUCCCAAUAAAAAGCAUACUGACUGACAAAUAAUGAAACGGUUAAUAACAGUCCUCUGCUUUAAACAGUAAACUAUGAAAUUCAGUACAUGGGAGUGCUACCUGUUCCAGGCAAAUUUCGCUUAUUAAAAGAAAUAAAUUGAGAUGACUCAGGUGCACUGGUGAAUGCUGAUAUUCACCCCCCCCCAAAUCAUCUAGAGUGGAUCUGUGUUCACAUAUUUGAAGAAUUUUCAAAAUCUCAAAGCAUCCCAAGUUAAGUAUUCCACAGAAUUUAUCACCUGAGAUCAAGUUAGACAUGUGCUGUUCUGUACUCAUCCUGCUCAUGGGUUUCCCACAGACAUCUGGUUGGCCAAAAAGGAUGUUGGACUAGAAAGGCCAUUGGCUGGCUCCAGCAGGCUCUACUUAGGCUCUUCCUUGUUGUCCCCCCAGCUGAGUAUGGUCCACACUGACCGACAGUAACUUCCCAGGCUUUCCCAGAUUUACCCGGAAGAGCAGAGGAGUAACUUGGCUCCCAUACACCCUUGGCAAGGAGCUGUAUUAGCAUCCCCCCACCUUAAAAAAGGGGGGGCGUGGGUGGCGCUGUGGGUUAAACCACAGAGCCUAGGACUUGCCGAUCAGAAGGUCGGCGGUUCGAAUCCCCAAAACGGGGUGAGCUCCCGUUGCUCGGUCCUUGCUCCUGCCAACCUAGCAGUUCGAAAGCACGUCAAGUGCAAGUAGAUAAAUAGGUACUGCUCUGGCGGGAAGGUAAACGGCAUUUCCGUGCGCUGCUCUGGUUCACCAGAAGCGGCGUAGUCAUGCUGGCCACAUGACCCGGAAGCUGUACGCCGGCUCCCUCGGCCAAUAAAGCGAGAUGAGCGCCGCAACCCCAGAGUCAGUCACGACUGGACCUAAUGGUCAGGGGUCCCUUUAACUUUACCUUAAAAAAAGGACCACUUUACCACACUCCUUUGUGCUGUGGUGCAGCAUGUGGGGGAAGAGGAGGGCUAUAACCCUGGGCACAGAAAGUGCCCUCACAACCCAGUUCCCUCACAGCAGGUUCCCUCAGCGAGGCUAUGUGGCUGUCACCUUCCUGAGCUGCGGGGAGGCAAGCCACACCCGGGCUGGGCCUUCAGAGCUGCAGCAGUGCUUCCUUCUUCUAGUGGCCGGUGAAGGGAUGCCUGGCCCUGGGUGGAACUCCCGCCCAGCAGAAUUCUCCUCGCCUGCGCCAGUCCUUCUCCGGGGCCUAUCUCCUGGUGUGUGACCUUGGGUGAGGUAUGCCUUGUUUGGCAGGAGCACAGAGAAGAGAGCCACCCACUCGGCCAGGACCAGCUGGUGCCCACCCACAUUGCGCAGCCAAGGAGAGGUGGCCGGGGAUGGGCUGCAGUUGGAGUCUCGGCCUGCUCUCUGCCGCCCUCCUCCUAUGCCUGCUGCCAAGCCCACCAAGGAGCACCAGGGAGCUUGCCGAGCUGAGAGGGCAAACAUGGCAGCCUGCAGGCAAUCUCCGUGAGGAGCGGCUGCCAUGGGGCGCAGCGAAGUCUGCCUGUUGCCUCCUGUGCAAUGCCCACAAGGAGGUCUGGGGGCACAAUCCUUGUCCCGGGCACUGCCAACGCACGCUAUGCCACUAACGGGAAGCUUCUCCUGUGCUUGACCUCACUGUGACACAUUUCCACACAUACACAGUGGUACCUCUGGUUAAGAUCUUAAUUUGUUCUGGAGGUCCGUUCUUAACCUGAAACUGUUCUUAACCUGAGGUACCACUUUAGCUAAUGGGGCCUCCUGCUGCCGCCACCCGAUUUCUGUUCUCAUCCUGAAGCAAAGUUCUUAACCCAAGGUACUAUUUCUGGGUUAGCGGAGUCUGUAACCUGAAGCGUCUAUAACCUGAAGCGUCCGUAACCCAAGGUACCACUGUAUAUGCCAUACACUCCAUAGUUUGAUAGGUGUUUUUUUGAGAGGGGUGUCCCCUUGCUCUAGGCCCGCGCCCCCCUGGGGGCUGGUUUCACCAACCCCUAGGUACGCCUCAGUGGCGGAGAUGCUGGGAAUUGGACUUGGGCUCGUUUGCAUGCAAAUCAAAUGCUCUGCUAUUGAGCUACAGCUGUUCGCCAGUCGACAGCCUUUUGUGGAAGGAACAAUAUCUUUGAUUAGAGCCCUGAACUGCUGUACCACUUGCUCAGAUUUCCUUUUUUAAGGUCGAGAGUAAAGGGGACUCAGCAGCAAGCGGCAGCUUUAAGAUGCAAAUAUUUCUACAUUAACAUCUCAGAUGGCAUUUCACAGAAUGAGAUUUUGCUGCUGGCAGUAGCUUCUCUUUAAACACUGCAUGCAGAUUGCAUACCCUCCAACGUUUCUCCAAUGAAAAUAGGGAUGUGCUGUUAAUAAUAAUAAUAAUAAUAAUAAUAAUAAUAAUACCCUGCCCAUCUGACUGGGCUGCCCCAGCCACUCUGGGUGGCUUCCAACAUAUAUAAAAACAUAAUAAAACAUAAAAUAUUAAAUAUCACUUUCCCUAUAUAGUGCUGCCUUCUAAAGGUUGUAUCUUGUUGGCUCACAUAACUCCAUACCCUCCGACAUUUCUCCAAUAAAAAUAGGGACGCCCUAAGGAAAAGUGGAACAUUCCGGGAUCAAAUCAGAAACUGGGAUGGCUUCUGGAAAUCUGGGACUGUCCCUGGAAAAUAGGGGGACACUUGGAGGGUCUGUGAUUCCAGGGUGUCUCUGGACAAGAGAGACGGGAGCUCCUAAGCCCUCGAAAGCACCAAGUGCCCCUGGCAGGGGAGCGACACAAAGGUCUGGUUCUGCUCCACACAGCACUGGUUAAAAAUAAACUAAAAAUAACAUUCCCAUGCAAAAUCAAUGGCUGCUACUUAACCUCAGCAGAGAAUGGCAGCAGAAAGGCUGGGUAUCAAAUACCAGGCUGAUAAUCUGACCUUGGAAGACUUGCUGCAUUGGCAUUUGGCAGGGCAAGAAGGAAGGAGGGAAGGAAGGAAGGAAGGAAGGAAGGAAGGAAGGAAGGAAACUCUGCUGCUUUUCAGAAAAAGGAAGCAAGCCUGCAAACUUUCAUUACUGCCCAAGGUGCUCUCAAGGCUCUGGGCCUUGUGAGGAGUCUUGGUCCAGGGCUGAUUGGUUCACCUGCAUCUUGCAUGCUACCAGAUUCAUUAUCUAUAUCUAUCUCUAUCUAUCUAUCUAUCUAUCUAUCUAUCUAUCUAUCUAUCUAUACGUACAUGAUUUGCAGGCAUGUGCUGGCAGAAUUGGAUGCAAAGCCAAGAGGGCAGCAGGUCCCCUGUGGGAUUCCAGCUGAAAGCGGACACUCUGGAUAGGGCAAAUCAAUAAAGAAGAAUAAGCACACAGCUGUGAGAGACAAAAAAAAGCCUUCUUCCAGAUGAGUCAGUCCUCUGAGCACCAAACCAGGCCCUCAGUGGCAUCUGAGACGUAUUUGGGAGUGCUUAGGCAUACUUCCAGCCUGUUUUCCAGUGUUGCAACUACCACUAGGAAAGGGGGAGAAGUUUGUUCAUUCGCACUUCCCGAUUCAGUACGACAGGCAUGGCAGACCCUCCAAGUGUCCCUAUUUUCCAGGGACAGUCCCGGAUUUACAGAAGCUGUCCUGGUUUCUGAUUCGACCCUGGAAUGUCCCGCUUUUCCUUAGGACGUCCCUAUUUUCCUCAGAGAAAUUUUGGAGGGUAUGGUAAAGAUAAAGGUAAAGGGACCCCUGACCAUUAGGUCCAGUUGUGGCCGACUCUGGGGUUGCGGUGCUUUAUUGGCCGAGGGAGUUGUCGUACAGCUUCUGGGUCAUGUGGCCAGCAUGACUAAGCUGCUUCUGGUGAACCAGAGCAGUGCACGGAAAUGCUGUUUACCUUCCUGCCAGAGUGGUACCUAUUUAUCUACUUGCACUUCGUGCUUUCGAACUGCAAGGUUGGCAGGAGCAGGGACAGAGCAACGGUAGCUCACCCCGUCAUGGGGAUUCGAACCGCUAACCAGAGCCAUAGGCUCUGUGGUUUAACCCACAGCGCCACCCACGUCCCUGGAGGGUAUGGUAGGACACUCCUAUUUUCCAAUCUUUAGUAAAUGUUGGCAUUUAUUUUUCCCUGAUUAAACAUGUCAGCUUUGCCAUCACAGCUAAGGGGGCGGGACAGGUAGUAGAUCUAAUAGGCUUCAAAUUACAAGAGGAUGGGUUUAGGCGGAACAUAAGGAGAAAUGCCUUAAUGGUAAGAGCAGUUCAAACUUAGAAUCAAUUAUUUGCGGGGUGGCGGGAACCUCUUUGCUGCAGACCUUCCAGCUGAGGCCAGAGAGCUACCUCUUGGGCAUUCUUUAGCUUUAGCUUUCCUGCCGGGAGUUGGACUUGGUCUCCUGCAAUACCUCCUUCAAGUCAGAAGUUUUAUACAUCACAGUACAGGGUGUCAGCAAAACCAGUAUAGAACUAACGACAAGAAAGUCUGAAGCAUAAAAGCUGCAGGAUUCUGGUACAGAUAGCGAUGUAAAAAGACAUUAUUUUCCACUCUGCCACACAUCGCCGUUUCUGUUCUGCUGCACUUCAGCUUCCCCAAAAAUAAUGCUAUUUGGCUCCCUUUUCUCUCUGAACCAGAUUUAAUAAUGUAAUUAUUUCGGUUAUCGUUACUUGGUUCUACACCAUCCAUUACAAGGGGCAUGGGGGUAGGGAAUAUCCUUAAUAACAUAUUGUUUGCAUCCUGAAAAAUAUAUAGUUGUACCUUGCAUCCUGAAUGCCUUGCGAGUUGACUGUUUUGGCUCCUGAACCCAGAAGUGAGUGUUCCGGUUUUCAAACAUUCUUUGGAACCCGAACUUCCGAUGUGACUUCUGCGGCUUCUGAUUGGCUGCAGGAGCUUCCUGCGGCCAAUCGGAAGCCGUGCCUUGGUUUCUGAAUGUUUUGGAAGUCAAACGGAUUUCCAAGGUACCCCUGUAAUGACAAAGGAAUUGUGGACUGGGGUGAACAACAAAAGGCAGCAGCAGAUACCAAACACAUUUGCUUGCCUGAUUUCUGUUCCUGUUUGCAGACCAACAGGCAAGAAGUGAAGUUACAGGGAACCAGGCCAAAAGCUUUUUCGGCAGCAGCACCCUCCCUGUGGCAUGCCCUCCCAUCAGAUGUCAAGGAGAUAAAGAACUACACAACUUUUAGAAGAAGUCUGAAGGCAGCCCUGUAUAGGGAUGUUUUUAAUGUCUGAUGUUUCGCUGUGUUCUGUUAGUUUCUGUUGGAAGCUGCCCAGAGAGGCUGGAGGAACCCAGUCAAAUAGGCGGGGUAAUAAAUUAUUAUUAUAAGCGAACUUCUAGUUCAUAUAAAAACACAAGAAAACGUCAAACAUUACAAACUUCCCGAUACAGGGCUGCCUUCAGAUGUCUUCUGAAAGUUGUGUAGUUCUUUAUCUCCUUGACAUCUGAUGGGAGGGAGUUCCACAGAGAGGGUGCCACUACCGAGAAGGCCCUCUGCCUUGUUCCCUGUAACCUUGUUUCUGGUAGUGAGGGAACCACCAGAAGGCCCUCAGAGCUGGAUUUCAGUGCCUGGGCUGAACAAUGAGGGUGGAGAUGAUCCUUCAGGUAGCUACAGUUGCCUCCUUAUGCCCCAAUCCAGCAAAUGAAAUGCACACUUAGAAACAAACUCCUGCAGGAGGGGGUUUCCUGGAGUGGGUUUGCAGAAGCCUCUUGCCUUGGGGUGGUGGUGAAAUGACUGCAUGGAGUCACCCACGUGCGCAGCUUCAGAGGCAUUUCUGGGCCUGUCUGGUUUGCAUUCUGGGGGACACAUUCCUUCCUAUCCACCCCCAACCUCAUAUUCCAGGACGUUGCAGAGUGGAGACAUUUCCUCUCUCAUCUGGGAUCUCCGUUUGGGGAGAUGGGAGGGAAGAAGGCUUACAGCAGGCAGAUUUACGGUUUGUCUACCUCGUUGAAAACUACCACACUGUGCAUAUGUGUUUAGCUCCGCUAAGCUGCCUGUGGGUGGUUUGUGGGCAUAAACACAUGCGCUCCUGUUUUAUGUUACCGUGCAGAAGCCUGACCUUGCGACACCCUUGCGCAUCUGCGCUGCUCCGCCGGUCUGUUUCCGUUGUUGGGUUGCAAGAUCAGAGCCUUUGGCUCAGGUCCCAGUAUUGCAGAGUCCCCUUCCCUUAAAAGAAGAAGACAAAUAAAAAGGCAAUGGUAAACUUCAGUGAAGAAAUAAUUCUGGGGUUUUCCCUGUGUGAGAUCAACAUGGUAAAAGAGGGAGCAAAGGGAACUGCGUUGGAGGAAGAGGAGGAGGAGGAGGAGGAGGAGGAGGAGGAGGAGGAGGAGGAGGAGAAGAAGAAGAAGAAGAAGAAGAAGAAGAAGAAGAAGAAGAAGAAGAAGAAGAAGAAAUAAUACAUGGUCAGGCAAAAUCUUUGUUAGAAGGUCCAGCUCUGAGGGCUUUCUGGCGUUUCCCUCGCUGCGAGAAGUGAGGCUACAGGGAACCAGGCAGAGGGCCUUCUUGGUGGUGGCGCCCACCCUGUGGAACACCCUCCCACCAGAUGUCAAAGAGAAAAAUAACUACCAAACUUUUAAAAGACAUCUGAAGGCAGCCCUGUUUAGGGAAGCUUUUAAUGUUUAAUAGGUUAUUGUAUUUUAGUGUUUUGUUGGAAGCCGCCCAGAGUGGCUGGGGAAACCCAGCCAGAUGGGCGGGGUAUAAAUAACAAAUUAUUAUUAUUAUUAUUAUUAUUAUUAUUAUUAUUAUUACCAACCAAUAAAAUGAAAUAAAAAUCACAAAAUAGUGUUGAAGUUCGCCACUACUCUGUGCACGUUGCAACUCGUCAAUGUCCCAUUGCUGGCAGCGGUUGGAUUUAUUAAUAUGUAGCUGUCUCCUCUUGGCAUCCAUCUGCUUUCUGAAUGCUUCCCCUCUCGCUCCAGGCCGCCGCGGAGACAGUGCCCAUUUGGCCCAGCCACCUCCCUCCCGCAAACCUGCUGUCUUCUCCCCUCCUCUGCACCAGCCUAAUGGUCGCCAUCAAUAAUUCAGCCUGAUGGAAGGAUCCACCUGGGUUAAUGGGAGCUGUUUGCUCCAGCCGCUGAGUUGGCGCUGGAUGUAAAACCAUGGUUCUUCCAGAGACAGGAGCAGGCGGCUUCAAGUUCUCACGUCACGUUGGCGAGGGGCAGCAGUCAGCGGCCUAAGUGGAGGUUGGCCCAUUGGGGCAAAUCAUAGAAUCGUGGAAUUGCAGAGUUGGAAGGGACCCUGAGGAUCAUCUGGUUCAACCCCUUGCCGUGUAGGAAUAGGCAGCUGUCCCAUAGGGGGAUGGAACCUGAAACCUUGGCAUUAUCGGCACCACGCUCUAACCAACUGAGCUAUGGGGCGCUGUCAAGGCUCUGUCAAGGCUUCGGCAAAGCUAUUCCUCCCCUGGUUGCAGCAAUAGCAGAGAAAACAAGGCAGAGUCCUUUUUAAUGAGUUCAUUCAAUCCUAAUAAGUGAGAGACAAAAGAACACAGCAAGCCUUAAUACAGUGUACCUCGGGUUAAGAACUUACAGUGGUACCUCAGGUUAAGUACUUAAUUCAUUCCGGAGGUCUGUUCUUAACCUGAAACUGUUCUUAACCUGAAGCAGCAUUUUAGCUAAUGGGGCCUCCUGCUGCUGCCGCGCCGCCGGAGCACAAUUUCUUUUCUCAUCCUGAUGCAAAGUUCUUAACCUGAAGCACUAUUUCUGGGUUAUCAGAGUCUGUAACCUGAAGCGUAUGUAACCUGAAGCAUAUGUAACCCGAGGUACCACUGUAAUUCGUUCCGGAGGUCCAUUCUUAGCCUGAAACCGUACUUAACCUGAGGUACCACUUUAGCUAAUGGGGCCUCCUGCUGCAACCACGUGAUUUCUGUUCUCAUCCUGAAGCAAAGUUCUUCACCCGAGGUACUAUUUCUGGGUUAGCGGAGUCUGUAACCUGAAGCGUCUGUAACAUGAAGCGUCUUUAACCUGAGGUACCACUGUAAUGGCGUUGCUCCAAACUGGGCUCCUCCUCCCUCCUUCCUAGCAACAGCAUCUUCCCUUACGGUGGCCACUCGUGGUCAAAUGUUUCUGAUAACUUAGUUCUUGCACUGUUCUGGGAGAAGGGGGUGGGUCAGAAAACUCUCCAGUGACAACGUGUCAUCUGGCUGCCCUGCCACAGUCCCCCCCCCCUUCUAACACUUCCCAACUCUUCUGUUCAUCUAACUCUCCCUCAAACCCCUCAAAGCCCUGCUGUAAACCAGCGCUGCCUCCCUCUUCUCCUGCAGCGUUGGGAGAAAGGGGAGGGAGUGUGAUCUCCACCAUUCCUCCUCCAUCUUGCCCUCUUGAGUCCAAGCCCUGAAAGGUACUGUUCCCUCAAGCACAGUUGGCCCAUAGCUGUCAACUUUCAGAUUUGAAAAGAAGGGAUCAGCAGCCUCGAAAAUAAGGGAUCAGCAGCCUCACCUGUCCCAGAGACAGUAUACGGGAUAUCUAACAAUCCGGGAUAGCAGCGGGAAGCAGCAGGAAACUGCGCUGGAAUAAGGGAAUUUCCCGCAAAAAGGGAAGGUUGACAGCUAUGAGUCGGCCCUCAGUCAGGUAUCACCUGCCUGCCUCCUUAAAUACAACUCCUAGGGGUCAACUCCUAGGGGCUGAGGCGUCUUCGGCCCCCCAUAAAAUAUUUGAGCCUCCCCCCAAGUUGAUGGACAUUGCCAUUCAAAUGGUGCGUGUGCACUGAGUCAUGUGAUUGAUUAUGCAGGGCGGGCUUACCUGGGUCCCCCCAAUAUUUUAUUCAAGUUGGCACCCUUGGCAUUGUCUGUCAGCCUCCUUCUUUUCAGCCUCAAUGUUGCCUUUGUAGAAUUCAGCAGGGAGGAGGAGGAGGACGAAGCCGGAAUUAGUUGGCUCGGCCUAUUACUGUCUCUGUCUCGGCCUGCCACUGGCUUUUGCUCCUGUGACUGUUAGCCUCCAUGCCAUCCAUCUUCCCACUCCCAGCUGGGCACCAGCCUCCACUGGUAAUUUUUGUUGGCAUCCGUCUGUCUCGGGAGACAAUGAAAGAGUGCGUUUUCAGGGCUAAGGUCAAACCGUUGGAAAGUUACAGCGCCUGCUGUGCAUGUAGAGAUGGAUGCUGAUUUCACAGAAAUCAGAGAAUCGUAGAGCUUGCCAAGUGCUCCCUCCAGCACAAUACCACCAGCCAUUGACAAACUGACAGCCAUUGACAAAUCCAACCCUUAGACCUCCACAACUUGCCUGGGCUACCAACCUGCCUAUACAGUGGUGCCUCGCAAGACGAAAUUAAUUCGUUCCGCGAGUUUUGUCGUCUUGCGAUUUUUUUCGUCUUGCGAAGUACGGUGUUGGGAAAGUUUUGGAAAAGCUUCAAAAAUCACCAAAGUCUUUAAAAACCUCAACAAAGGCUACCACACCGCGUGCUAUGAGUUGCUCCUCGAAGUCAAGUUGCAACUGUAUUAACGGUGUUAAGAAAAAGGAAACAAACUUGCAAGACGUUUCCGUCUUGCGAAGCAAGCCCAUAGGGAAAAUCGUCUUGCGAAGCAGCUCAAAAAACAAAAAACUCUUUCGUCUAGCGAGUUUUUUGUCUUGCGAGGCAUUCGUCUUGCGAGGUACCACUGUAUCUCCAUUCUUCAGUUCCCUCUUUGUCUCCCCUGGACUGUCUGCCUAGGCUGUGUGGGAAUGUUGUGGAUAGUGGGAGAGGAUAUAUUGAUUAAAAAUUAUCCUUCCUCACUCACGCUAGUGAGUCAGUAGCAGAGUACAUUCCCCUGUAUAUUGCAGAAAGCUAGUUAGUAGAUUCAUUAGAAUCUCUUGAGUUAAGCUAUGGGUAGGCAAACUAAGGCCCGGGGGCCGGAUCAGGCCCAAUCUCCUUCUAAAUCCGGCCCGCGGACAGUCCAGGGGAUCAGCGUGUUUUUUCAUGAGUAGAAUGUGUCCUUUUAUUUAAAAUGCAUUUCUGGGUUAUUUGUGGGGCAUAGGAAUUCAUUCAUUUUUCUUCUUCAAAAUAUAGUCCGGCCCCGCACAAGGUCUGAGGGACAGUGGACCGGCCCCCUGCUGAUGAAGUUUGCUGACCCCUGAGUUAAGCAAUCCAGUCUGGCUUGUCCAGAUUUGGAUUCCUGGUAAACCCCCUUGGUUCCUUCUAAAAAAAAGAAUAAAGACACAACAGUCUUCUCUUAAAUGUAAUAAGAGGUUUACUUACAUUCAGUUCACGGUAUGAUUCUGAAAGUAGACUUUAGCCUGUAGUUACAGAAGGGAGUGUGGGUUCAUCCUAUAUGGGGAUUGAGCCCAUGGGCUGCUGGCUGAGAGCCAGCACACAGCAAAAGCAUCAAGAUGGUAUAAAGCGAAAAAGGGUCAAGAGAGAAGGGAAGGUGGCUGUGGGACUAGCCCUUUUAUGGGGUCUCACAGGGUCUCGCCCAUCUACCUGGUCACAUGCAGGGGAAGGAUGCUCCAGACCAGGUGUGACAGGAAGUCCUCCUGGCUGGAGUAACAUCCCCCUGUAUGCCCACUCUGGGCAAACAGGAAAUGUUGUACUUGACUGCUACAGUGAUGUUACAUCCCUCACCUACCCACAUCCCAUCCCUCCAAGUUAUCACCACCUUAGGGUGGUCCCAGGGCAGGUUACAACAACUAAAACACAAAUGAGCCUCAUAGAGAGGCACCACUAGACCAGUGUUGCUUCUUCUAGUGGGUAGUGGGCUCCCAAGAAUAUCCAACAGAUUAUUAUUAUUAUUAUUAUUUAUUAUUUAUACCCCGCCCAUUAAAAUACUGUAAUACAUCAAACAUUAAAAUCUUCCCUAAACAGGGCUGCCUUCAGAUGUCAUCUAAAAGUCUGGUAGUUGUUGUUCUCUUUGACAUCUGGUGGGAGGGCGUUCCACAGGGCGGGUGCCACUACCGAGAAGGCCCUCUGCCUGGUUCCCUGUAACUUGGCUUCUCACAGUGAGGGAACCGCCAGAAGGCCUCGGUGCUGGACCUCUGUGUCCAGGUAGAACAAUGGGGGUGGAGACGCUCCUUCGGAUAUACUGGACCGAGGCCGUUUAGGGCUUUAAAGGUCAGCACCAACACUUUGAAUUGUGCUUGGAAACGUACUUUUCCUAGAUUGUGCUACUUGAUCCUUGGAGAUAUCAGGAUUUGAAUCUGGGGCCUUCAGCUCCACCACCAAGGAAUCAGUCCUUCCCCACGAAGGCUGAAGGCUCCGACAACAUUUCUUUUUCAGUGCUCAAGUCUCUUAACGUUUCGAAACAUCCCUUCUGCUAUUUAACCUUAAUACUCCUUCCUGCAAUUUAGAUCUAUUACUUUUGCUUCCUUCCCGCCCCGCCCCCCGAGUUAACAAGGGGGAUUUGGGGAGGCGGGAGUUUGCCCGAGAGGCCGGUGACAAAGGCUACUGCUUCAUUGAUAGUGACAGCAAAGGGCAAGUUUAAAUGAGAGCGUGGUGUGUUUUGAUGGAGGCAUUCAAUCUGAAGAGUGGCUUUUUGCGUCCUGCCAUUCAGAAGGAAAAUGGCUAUUUCCCAAGAAUGUCCUCAAGAGAUCACACAGCUGAUGAAAGAUUAAUAGGGUGCAAUGGGAGGGAGUGUGUGGAGGAGCUGGACUGCUGCAAAAUCACGGCGGAAGGAAUCAAUGAAAAAACCCCUUUGGUUUGCAUUUAUCAGCGAACCUACCAAUUUUGCACUUUCUGAAACAGUACGCCAGCCGAAAUGAGUUUCUGCGAAUUUUGCAGUGCAGAUCUCCAGCCACGUAAUGGGUAGGAAAAAUGCAUGUAGUGGGGUAAAGCAGGCAUAAAAAUGCACAUAUUUGUGAAAAAAGCAAAAGAAAAUGGGAAUAUUGGGCAAAAUAGCACACAGAGGCGUGCAUAUUAGGGGUGUAGGGCUGUGUCUAGAUGCUAGGAGAGGAUAGAUUUAUUAGCUAUUAUCCUCCCUCCCUCCCUCAUGUUUGUGAGUUCAGCAGAGUGCAUCUCUUUGCAGCUUAAAAGGGAAGCUUAGAUAGGCUAGUUUUAGCCUCCUAGUUUAAGUAAUCCAGAAUGCUUUAAGGCAGACUGGAUUCUCCUGGUUUUGCCCCCCCCCCUUUCUUCUCCUUGAAACACAAAUCACACAAACAGUGCUGUGAAAGGUAAGCAUAACAUUUGUUCCCUUCAGAGUUCCUCUUGCAGAAUAACAGAGAUGGUAGGUUUGUUCAGGCACCCUUAAAAUGGCAAUUCAGUUGCAAAGGCAUGCUUAAGUCUAGCUUAAGAUGGAGUCUGAGCUGUAGUUUUGUUUUUCAUUCGCAAACUGAUGUGGGAAUGUGGAGGGCUGGACUUGAGAGUGCAAAUGAGAAACCGAGAGGAACUGAAAUGUGCAGCUUUGCUUAGCCCAAGGCUCAACACCACACCUGAAGGUAAAUCAAGAAAUGAAUUAAGAGCGUUUUUGGGAGGGGGGCGAUUUAAGCCUGGUGCUGUGGGUUAAACCACAGAGCCUAGGACUUGCCAAUCAGAAGGUCAGUGUUUCGAAUCCCCAUCACGGGGUGAGCUCCCCUUGCUCGGUCCCUGCUCCUGCCCACCUAGCAGUUCGAAAGCACGUCAAAGUGCAAGUAGAUAAAUAGGUACCACUCCGGCGGGAAGGUAAACGGCGUUUCCGUGUGCUGCUCUGGUUCGCCAGAAGCGGCUUAGUCAUGCUGGCCACAUGACCCGGAAGCUGUAUGCUGGCUCCCUCUGCCAAUAAAGCGAGAUGAGCGCCGCAACCCCAGAGUCGGCCAUGACUGGACCUAAUGGUCAGGGGUCCCUUUACCUUUACCUUUUAGAGUCACUGUGCAACCUGGUUACACGAAGAGUCAUUUCUUUAGAUAGCCAGCACUUGUGUGUUCCUGCAUCAAUCUGAAACAAGUUCUCCUUCUCUAGACGCCUUUGGGCAAUGAUGGUGAGGGUGAUCCCGUAGAGAAAAAAGCAGGCCAGGAAAUUUGGGACUUGAAACAGGGCACAGAAAGAUUGAUUUCCACACACUAUUUAAUUCCCUACAGAGUGCAGCUGAAACCAGAGAAGCAGGAACGAAGAGCAGGGUCAGUGGAAAGUCAGCAAUUUUGGCAUCGUUAUUCAAUGUUUACAUUGGACACCAGAAUCCUAAUCCUUUCCCAUAGCUAAUUGACGGGAAAACAGAUGCUUGAUCAAACAUUGCUCCCCGCAUCCCCACUGUGGAACAGAGAUGGCAGCAAUGUAUGGCUGCCAAAUCAACAUUUAUUUACUCGCUUGCGGUAUUUAUAGGUUGCCCCGUAGCGAAGUUUUUGGGGUGGCUCACAAUGGGAAAUAAAGUCAUGUAAAACUUAAUAAUAAUUGAGACAGCGAUAAACAUACAUUUAUGUAUGUAUUGGCUAUAUAUUUUGGAAAGUGGUUGACCUGUUUGCUAUGCAUUUGGACACCUUUUAAGACAUCAUAACCAAAUCUUGCAUGAUGAUUUCCUGAGAUCAAGGAGCAGGUUGUCUUUGUUGGGAUACAAUUAGACACCAUUUGGAAUCAAGAUGGCGGGCUGCACUGAUUUUAACCACCGGUUUCAAAACUGUACUCAUAUUUUGGGUUUCUUGGAAUUCCCAAGCAAUGCUAGGUACACAUGUACACACACACACACUUUUAUGCACAUACAUGCAUAUAAACAGGGCUGGAUUAACCAUUAAGCAAAAUAAGCACAUGCUUAGGGCAUCAAGGGAAGGGGAGCACCACAGAAAUUUUCCAUUGCUGGAUUUACCAUGAACCAUAAGGUGCAGCUGAACCAGGUUCCACAAAAAAGGCUCUCCUAAUAUGCGUGUAUAAUAAUAAUUUUAUCAUUUAUACACCAACCCAUCUGCAUAAGUUGCCCCAGCAACUCUGAGCAACUCCAAACAAAAUAUUAAAAACACAAUAAAACCUCAAACAUUAAAAACUUCCCUGUACGGGGCUGCCUUCAUAUGCCUUCUAAAAGCCUGAUAGUUGUUUGACAUCUGAUGGGAGGAUGUUCCACUGGGCAGGUGCCACUACCAAGAAGGCCCUCUGCCUGGUUCCCUGUAAUUUCAUGUCUUGCAGUGAGGAAAUCGUCAGAACCGGCCCUUGGAGCUGGACCUCAGUGUCCGGGCUGAAUGAUGGGAGUCAAGAUUCUCCUUCAGGUAUACAGGGCCAAGGCUGUUUAGGAAUAAUAAUUUUAUUAUUUCGUAAAUUCAGUGCAACAACACCACAAAGAGUAAAAACAAGAUUCAGUCAGGCUGAACGUUAUGUUAUAAUAUAAUUUGAGAAUACCAUAUUUUAUGGUUUGUUAUUAUUUAUAUUUUGAAUUAGAUACAGUAUAUACGGGGGCACCAAAAUCUUUUAAGUGCUGAAGGCUUCUAAAAGUCUUAAUCCGGCCCAGCAUAUAAAUACCUGAACACACAAAUCAUAGAGAGUAAAACAGCUUAAAACCAAAAUGCAUUCAAAGGUCUGGGGAAAUAAAAAAGGAAAUUAAAGUAGAUGUUAGGUGAUUUUUCCAGGGGUGGGGGCAUUCCACAGCUGGGGUGCCCCUCCCCACAGGAUAGACCCUCUCCUCCAAGGCCUCCCUUCUCUUCAGCACAUCUCGGUCAGUAGUGGCAGUUGGAGAAAGGCCUCCGAGGAAAAUCUCAGAGUCCAGGCAGGUAUACGGGGAAAGAGGUGAUCCUUCAGGUAUGGAGCAGUUCCCACAACUCCAGCCUCACUGACCAGCUCUUCCCUAUUGGCUGAGAUUGAGCCAAUCCCUUCAUUUCUUCCUCCAUCCUGUGGAAGAGGAAGUUGUCAACAAGGCGUGCCUGAAAUUCCUUGGAGAUUCCAUGCUUAGUGGAGUUUGUUUCCAAGCAAACAUCGUGGUUGUGACAGUUGCUCAUUAACCGAGGAUUCCUGCUUCCCUGAAAACAUCUGUAAUUUGUUUCAGGGAAGCAUCAUCCACAUGUCUUGAAGAAAUUUUGUUUUGGUUUGCAUCUUAAUGGGAAAUUACCCAAUGCCAGAAACAAUACACAAAAGGAAUGGGCAUCUAGCCUUCGAAAGUUAUCCCUCUCUGAAUUUUGUAAUGCGGUUCUUCAACCAAAUAAGGUGUAGCAAAUAUGUGUACAUUAGAGGAAAGUGUGUAUAGAAACGACCAUUGGUUAUGUUGGCUGAGGCUGACAGGAGUUGCAGUUGGGUCCUGGUGAGUCUAGGGUCUAAAAUGACUUAUCAGCACUGCUGGGAUUCAGACUGAGGGAAGCCUUCUCAGGUCUAGUGAUACAGUCCCCGGAUACAGGAUGCAUCAGGAAGUUUUUAACAUUUGACGUUUUAUUAUGUUUUUAUAUUCUUCUGGAAGCUGCCCAGAGUGGCUGGGGAAACCCUGACAGAUGGGUGGGGUAUAAAGAUGAUGAUGAUGAUGAUGAUGAACAUAAAUCUCCAGUUAAAGCAAAAGACAAGGCAGCCCAUGCUUCAUUCCCAGUGUAGGUCCUAAAAUCAUCUGUCACUUGCUGUGCAAGGAACCUGGGCCUUGUAUGGCAUAGCAGUUGAGCUAGGAGGAAGACAAUAGCACUAGAAAGGAUGUGUGUGUAUGUCUCUCUAUGUGUGUCUGUGUUAGUCUUGAGGAAGGGCAAAUCUGUCCAUUUCAGUUUCUCUGCUUUUCUCGUUUCCACAGUUCUCAUAAACAUUAAUUCACAUUUUUGUGCUGCUUCAUUUGCACAUUUUUGUAUGCAAUUUUUGCCUAAUGCAGACUUUAUUGCAAAGGAAUUUCCCUUAAUACAGUGCACUCCCCCCCCCCCGCUUUACACACAUUUUUUUAUACAUUGCGUGGCUGGAGAAGCGUAUUGCAAAAUUCAGAGAAUUUUCAAGGGUGGCUAUGUUUCGGUUUGUGAAUUCUUUUCAAAAGAAUGAAUCAAAUCACUCCCCCAUUCCUAGUGGAUGAUUCACAGAACGGAGAAUUCUGCCAGGCAUGGAUUUCCUUGCUACGGCAGGUUUGCGAUGGGGAAAGUGCCACCCCUGGAAAUGCCAUACCUUCUGUACAGGGGCUAUUGAGGGCAUGAACUUGGCAAUGUUGCCAUCUGGGUACUGAUCCUUUGCCAGCACCCCUUCCCUGGCUUGCGUGAAACUGGAUAUCUUCAGUACUGGCUCCUCAGCUAGGAAGGCCCACUGGAGCCAGAGCUAAAUCGAAAUAAACUAUUUUAACUUGAAGUCAGCGUGUUUGUAUAGCUCCUUCUGCUGGUUUAACUCCCCCAUUAAAUCAUAAUAUAUUGCCUCUUUAGGCAUCACGGCGCACUUUAUAAUGCUCACUGGUGUGUGAUUCAUCCUAUGCGAUCUUUGUAACAGAGUUGGUUCAAUUUUAUUGUUACGAGCCAAUUAUAACUACGCAGCAAUGAACGGUGAGCGAAUGUUGCCUUCAGGCACAGUUAUGCAAACUCUAAACAGGCUUCCCCCACCCCAUGAUCCUUCAGGAGCCAUAUUGGGAUCGCUUAAUUUGGAGAGGAAAUGAGGGGGGGGGAGGAAGGACCAUAAUUAGGAGGGUUGGUAUAUUGCUACACUUGCUUCACCCAAAGGCCCCGCAGCCAUGUUGGCAGGUGGCUUGAAUCUGGGGUUGCGACUGAGCUUGUUUUAUCAGUCUGCACACCCAUCCACACUGUUAAUCCCUAUAUUCGUGGUCAGGGGUUGGGAACUUGUGGCCCUCUGGAUGUGGUGGGACUCCAACUCCCAUCAGCGCUGGUCAAUAGUCAGGGAUGGUGGGAGUCAGGGCCAGCGGCGUAGCGUGGGUUGUCAGCACCCGGGGCAAGGCAAGUAAUUUGCGCCCCCUAAACCAGGGCAAGGCAAGUAAUUUGCGCCCCCUAACCCCUAACCUGCCGCCACUGCCAGCUUCUUCUUGCUGCUGCCUGGUCUGGUCUGGUGUGGUUCUCUCCUGCGCUCAGCGCUGCGCUGGGCGGCCGCUGCACUGUCCCUCCCCCAGAUAGUCCCUCGCUCUCUCUCCGCACCACACGCCUGGCACCCACCCCCCUCCACAGUGGGCGGCGACCCAGCAGCUCGGAUCGGAUUCGCACAGCCAGCACUGCAGUGAGAGAGAGUGAGUGAGCCAGGUAGGGGCAGAGAGCUGCGAGUGCGAGCGCGCCCCCCCAGAUGUUGCGCCCGGUGCGGCCGGCCCCCCUGCACCCCCCACGCUACGCCACUGGUCAGGGCCGGCCCACCUAUGAGACAUGCUGAGGCAGUUGCCUCAGGUGGCAGAUCUGGCUUCCAAGGAAAGUGAUGCUUGCCACGGCUGCUGCUGCUACCUCCUCUACCACCUGCCACUGCCUACUCCUCUUUAGCCUCCUUUUACUUCCUUCUGCCUUAUUCCUUAAUGUAUAAGGGUUUAUGCAUGCAGAGAAAAAGGACAAGAAAUAAGUCUGGGGACCUGCAUUGGCCUCUAGGCCUAUGAGCCCUGGGACUCUUCCCAGGUCACAUUGGCCCUCAUGGGAUGCAGGUGGUGCUGUGGUCUAAACCACUGAGCCUCUUGGGCUUGCCGUUCAGAAGGUCGGCGGUUCGAAUCCCUGUGACGGGGUGAGCUCCUGUUUCCCUGUCCCAGCUCCUGCCAACCUAGCAGUUCGAAAGCACGCCAGUGCAAGUAGAUAAACAGGUACAGCUGUGGUGGGAAGGUAAAUAGUGUUUUCGUGCACUCUGGUUUCCGUCACGGUGUUCUGUUGCGCCAGAACUGGUUUAGUCAUGCUGGCCACAUGUCCCAGAAAGCUGUCUGUGGACAAACGCCGGCUCCCACGGCCUGAAAGCGAGAUGAGCGCCACACCUCAUAGUCACCUUUGACUGGACUUAACCAUCCAGGGGUCCUUUACGUUGGCCUUGAUCCAUACUCUCCCAGUUCUUUUGGCUGGUGAAAUGUAUCUCUGCUUGCCUGGACGGAGAGAUGUACAUGAAGAAAACUCUGACUUCUAUGUGGCUGGGCUAUAGCCUUCUGUAUAAAGGCAAGAGUAACAUCUGUGGCCCCACUCACCUCUGGCAUGUGGCUAUCAGAAGGUUGCAUAUUAGGGGAUGCAGCCCUCACACUGCAGAGGUUUGCCUGCCCUGGUUGGAGAACACCUAAAAGGCCUGGGAGAAACGAAUGUUUUUGCCUGGUACCUUAAGGGUAGCAGAGAAGGUGUCCGGCGAGCCUUUCUGGGAAGGGAGAUGCACCCAAAUGAAUUGAACAAAAUCGCAGUGGGGAGUGUCAACACAAUUUUUUAAAAGUCUAACAGUCACGAGGCAAGCAAAACACAAAGAACGAGGACCGAGCUAUUUCCAAAAGUAACUGUAUAAAAUUUCUGCCAAGCAUCUGGACUUAUUCAAAUCAGUAUUGCAUCCCUGUUUACGAAAAUUAAUAAAAGGCAACCGGCCUAAUCCAAAAUUCUGCUUUGUUUUUCUUCCUCCCUUUUAUCGCACAUGUUUGGUAAAUUAAUUUUGACAUCUCAAUUUUUUCCCUGUACUCGACACACCCAUUCUUCAGUUGAAAGAACUGUAGGCAUCCAGCAUUUAAGUGUUCCAAAAACAAAGCCCCGGUUCUCAGUUAUCCUGGAAGGAACCUUGCUUCCAGCCACCAGGGAGGUCAAGAGACUUUAAAGGACUGGCAAUUCAGAGGUAUACGACCUCUGAACAUGUAGGUUCUAUUCAUUUUCAUGGCUAAUAGCCACUGAUUGACCUGUUCUCUAGGGAUGAGUCUAAAACCCUCUUGAAACCAUUUGAGCAAAUAGCUACCGCUACAUCCUGAGGCAGUGAGUUCCAUAGGUUAAUUUUAGUCAAUGGAACUAGAGAAAUGUGAACUAUGGAACUCACUCCCCCCGGAGGCAGUCAUGGCCACCAACUUGGAAGGUUUUUAAAGAAGAUGGGGCAAAUUCAUGGAGGCUGAGGCUAUCAGUGGCUACUAGCCAAGCCGGAUAUGUCCUCCAAAUACCAGUUGUUGGGAAACGCAGAUGGGUAGAGUGUGGUUACUCUCAGGUUCUGCUUGCAAGUGUUUCAUCAGCAUCUCAUUGGCCAGGAUGCUAGGCUAGAUGGGCCAUCUGAAGUCACUCCCCAGUCCCUUUUAACACACAAGUCAAUGGGCUCUUUAUUCAUUGAGAGAUUGUUGGGCUUUUUAGAAUCUUGGUUAUUAAUUUUUCACAAGGAAAAAAAACUUUACAAAUUUUAACAUAAACCAUAAAUUACAUUAUCAAUCGACUUCCUGUCCUCCACUUCCAUGGUUUCCAUAUUUACCCUUAAAUGCUGCAUAUUUCAUCUAUACUAUUCAAUACAUUCAAUUUCACCUAUUUAUUUUAAUAAUUCACAUUGUUGCUCGUAUUUCAAGUCCUGCUCAUAUUUUCAUCUCCCUAUAAUAGUUCUUUAAAUACUCAAUGAAAAAGUUUCCAGCCCUCAAUGAAUUUACUGUCGUUUUGGUGUCUAAUCUUUGGUGUUAAUCUUGACAGUUCUGCGUACUCCAUCAUUUUCAAAAGCCAAUCUUCCUUUGUUGGGAACUCUUCUUUCUAUCUUUGGACAAACAAUAUUCAUGCUGCUGUCAUCAUGUACCUAAAUAAGCUAACCAGCUCUUUUGGAACAUCAUUAUUUAUAAUUCCUAAAAGAAAAGUUUCAGGUUUCUUGGGAAUUAUCAACUAAAACAUAUUUAGCUUUUUUUGCAACUCCACCACAUAGGGAAGAAUGUUCCUUCUGUCAUUUUGCACUUGCAACACAUACUUGACUUAGCUUUAUACAUUUUGGCUAGCUUAAGGUAAAGGUAAAGGUAAAGGGACCCCUGACCAUUAGGUCCAGUCGCGGACGACUCUGGGGUUGCGGGGCUCAUCUCGCUUUAUUGGCCAAGGGAGCUGGCGUACAGCUUCUGGGUCAUGUGGCCAGCAUGACUAAACCACUUCUGGCAAACCAGAGCAGGGCACGGAAAUGCCGUUUACCUGCCGGAGCAGUACCUAUUUAUCUACUUGCACUUUGAUGUGCUUUCGAACUGCUAGGUUGGCAGGAGCAGGGACCGAGCAACGGGAGCUCACCCCAUCGCAGGGAUUCGAACCACCGACCUUCUGAUCGGCAAUCCCUAGGUUCUGUGGUUUAACCCACAGCGCCACCCGUGUCUUACUUGGUGUUAAAUACAAUCCAUAAAUCAUCUUCAUAUAAUUUUAUUUUAAAGUAUAGCAAGCAGUAAAUCUUAGAUUACUCUGCCACAACUUCUCCCAUGAAGACAGUUCUAUAUGAUGUCUCACAUCUCUUGCCCACUGGAUGACUGUUGUUUCCUCUCGUUCUUUCCAGGCGUCACCUAUUCUGAUGCAGUGAGCGCCACCGAGCCCUGCAAGCCUUGCAAGGAAUGCGUGGGCCUGGAAGGCAUGUUAGCACCCUGCGUGGAGUCGGACAACACCGUCUGCAAAUGCAUCUACGGCUACUACCGGGACGAGAGGAGUGACACUUGCAGGAAGUGCCGGAUCUGCGAAGUUGGCUAUGGCCUCGUGUACCCCUGCGGGGAAAAUCAGAACACAUGGUGUGAGAAGUGCCCCUUGGGGACGUACUCUGACGAAGCAAACCACGUGGACCCCUGCUUUCCUUGCACCGUGUGCGAAGAGGACGAGAUCACCGUCAAGGAGUGCACCGCCACGUCAGAUGCGAGGUGCAGAGGUAAGAGUCAUUGGGACAGGCUAAAAAUGUGCAUUGAACAGGAAGGGUAGAGCACACUACCAAUGCACAAACAUUCCUUUCCAGACCUUCACUGCUGUUUGUGGAGGAAACAAAGUGGGGUGAGUGGGAUGCAAUGACACUGGGGUUAGGGUCAGUGGGGUGAUGUCAGGAUUCGGGGAAUCAGAUCCCUUCCCCAGGGGCAGUAGAUGAGCAGAUUAAACAAAAGGAGCUUUCUUACCAGACAAGUUCUUUAAUGAUCGCAGUGAGGGACAAGGAAUGCAUAUCUCUAAAAGAAAUGGCGUUGCUCACCCCUCCGUGUCCAUUAAUCUACGUCACUCCUACAUUGGGUAAUCUGAGCUUGUUGCUGUUGCGCUUCCUGUUCUAACACCCUCUAGUCUUGGGUGAAGGGGGAGGGCCAGGAAUGCUGUCUAAGGACACUGAAUCUGCCAACUGUCCCUCUCUUGGCGUUUCCUCUUCUAGCUGUUCCUCACCCAGUACUUCCCAGCUUUUCCCCUCCAGAAUAUGCCCUUCUGCAAACCACUGUUCUAAAUCAAUACUGUCCUCCUGCCCUUGGGAAGGUUCAGAAAAAGAGGGUAGCAGCUCCCACCAUUCCUCCUCAGUCCAGCCCCUGACACCUGAUUCCGCUUCUCUCUGGGCAUUCGUUCUACAUGUGCUCUGAAAACCAGGCCUCGUGCAUUUCCGCAGAGCUCUGAACUCCCCCUAGGUAAAGGUAAAGGGACCCCUGACCAUUAGGUCCAGUCGUGACCGACUCUGGGGCUGCGGUGCUCAUCUCGCUUUAUUGGCUGAGGGAGCCGGCGUACAGCUUCCGGGUCAUGUGGACAGCAUGACUAAGGCGCUUCUGGUGAACCAGAGCAGCACAGGGAAACGCUGUUUACCUUCCCGCUGAAGCGGUACUUAUUUAUCUACCUGCACUUUGACAUGCUUUCAAACUGCUAGGUUGGCAGGAAUAGGGACUGAGCAACGGGAGCUCACCCUGCCACAGGGAUUCAAACCGCCGACCUUCUGAUGGGCAAGUCCUAGGCUCUGUGAUUUAACCCACAGCGCCACCCACUUACAACCCAGCUACUACUUAUUCAGCCUUUGAUCGGAUAAACAGAUCACGGGGAAAAACAAAUUGUGAAGUUGUAUAACUGUUCUCUGAGGUGUGUGGCCCAUGCCAUACCCAGCCCAACACCCUACAGCUGGUGGGUGGCAGGAGGCUAUGAUUACAGACUUUCCGUCUACAGAUGUUACUUCUUCAACUUGCACGUGGAGACAGAGCAGCAGAGAACCGCCCACACUGCAAUGCACUCCAUUCCCCAGUGGUCUCAUCUUCCCCUUCUUUCAACCACCAAAGAUGAGAAAACACAAACUCUGAGUGUGUGCCUAUUUCUCUUCCUGGCAUCUUCCAUUCUCUUGUCCAUCCCUAACCUGAACCAGGCCAGGCCAAUGUACACGAUACCUUCCAUUUAGCUCAGAAAAAGGUGCUACAUAAACACACCUUUUAUUAAUUAACUUUAAAAAACACUGAUAAAAGGUGUCUGAGGAAGAGUGGGAACUGUAGAUCUGAGAAAUGCAGGGUUCUUGUUCUAUUCAGUAUCUAGUAAAGGUAAAGGGACCCCUGACCAUUAGGUCCAGUCGUGACCGACUCUGGGGUUGCGGCGCUCAUCUCGCUUUAUUGGCCCAGGGAGCCGGCGUACAGCUUCUGGGUCAUGUGGCCAGCAUGACUAAGGCGCUUCUGGCGAACCAGAGCAGUGCAUGGAAACACCGUUUACCUUCCUGCCAGAGUGGUACCUAUUUAUCUCCUUGCACUUUGACGUGCUUUUGAACUGCUAGGUUGGCAGGAGCAGGGACUGAGCAACGGGAGCUCACCCCGUUGCGGGUAUUCGAACCUCUGACCUGAUCGGCAAGCCCUAGGCUCUGUGGUUUAACCCACAGUGCCACCCGUGUCCCUCAUCCAAGAUCUAGGGAGCAGUGAAACAUCUGGUUCAAAGAGAGCUGGAAAAUGUACUUUUGUAACCCAAUAAAAUCUUAAUAAAAACAAUUAUCUAUAAAAAAGGCUUCCCAGCAAAGGCAGCACCAAAUUUAGCACUCAGAGCCCCUGGAAACAGGAACAAAUCAAGUCACGGCAAACAGCUGUUCCUUUUCACUGUGUAUAUUUGAAGAUGGGAAAUGGUUGGGAUUGAAACCGAUGUGUGGACACUCCAUGAACCUUUGCCAGGAAUUCCCUUGACAAUGGGGUGGAGUUAAUGCGAUCAGUAAAGUGGCAUUCCCCUGACGAUGAGUAAGCAACUGUUGUGAUGUAACAGGGCUUCAGGUGUGGGGGGCGGGAGUCAAGGCUGCAGAGCAGAAAGAACAGCUGUUCCCUUAGGCACUGCCAAAUUCCGUAAAGCUAAGCAGGGAUGAGUCAGGUUCAAGGCUGGAUGGGAAGCCCUAAAUGAAUGGGAAGAGGCGCAGGGGAAAGAGUAUCGCCUGCUUAUAUGGGGUAGCUUGACUCAGUGUCUUGAACUAAUGGAAAUCCAAAGGGCUAGAGUACCAAGGUUGUCAAUAAUGCUAUGUGGGCAAAAUGUGUCAGAACUCAGAUGGCAGUAAAUAUUCAUAUUAUUAUUUUUUUUGGGGGGGGGACCACAGGUUGUUGUUGUUGUUUUUUCAGACCUGUGAAUGACCUGCACCAUGCACUGAUAUUUGAUAUCGGUGGCAUCAUUUAUUAGAUAACCUGAAAUGGUACCUGUGAGCUUGAUGGAUCAACAAGUUUCUUUCUCCAGGCCUGCCAAAAAAUAAUUUAAAUGCUGAAGAGGAAAACCCGUUCAAAAUGCAAAUCCAAACUUUACAUUUGAAAUGUCCCAAAUUGACAGUUCCCUGUGACUUCAUUUCAGCUUUAAAAAAUGAAACGUCAGCAGCUCAGGUCCCUGAUCUCCUGGCACAAGUGUCAGUUUGGUCCUGGGAGACAGUGACUUGUCGAAGGCCGCAAAGUAAUCUUUGUGGCAGGGCAGUGGUUUCAAUCAGGUCUCCCGCACCCAGACCUUCAGAGGACUGGACCUUCAGAGGUCCAGUCACUACUUCUGUCUCUCCUGUGAAAUGGCUCCACAGGACUGGCUACCCCCCAACCUCCCCACAGGCCUUCUCUUGUUGGAAUCAGUGAGCUUAAGCAAAUGAAAAAAACAAAAACAAAAAAACGAGACUUUUGAUGAUGGUCACACCUUCUUGAAGAUUUCUUUACUCCCCUGAUAAGUUCUUCUCUGUUUUAUUGGCAGCGAUUAACCCACGGUUUACCACAGCUGCACCAACACCGGAGUCCAACACCACGGGUGCAACCACGGCUCCUCAACACGGUACCUUCAAUGUUUGUUUGUUACAUUUUAUUUAUUUAUUCAGAUUAGAUUUAUAUACCGCCCUAGAUUAUAAGAUCUCAGGGCAGUUCGCAAAAUAAAAUGCAGGAUAAAAACAAGUAAAUAAGUAAAACAAAACAGCAAAACAAUACCCACCCCCCCAAUUCCCACAGACACAUUUAAAAGGUUGUAGAAUAUUAAUCAGCCAAAAUACUGGUUGAAGAGGAAUGUUUUUGCCUGGGGCUUAAACAUAUAUAAUGAAGGUGCCAGGUGAACUUCCCUGGAGAGAGCAUUCCACAAAUGGGGAGCCACUACAGAAAAGGCCCUGUUCUUGUGUUGCCACCCUCUGGACCUCACAUGCAGGAGGCACACGAGGAAGGACCUCAGAUGAUGAAUGCAGAGUCCAGGAUGGUUUAUAUGGGCAGGGGUGGUCCUUGAGGUACAGUGGUACCUCGGGUUAAGUACUUAAUUUGUUCCGGAGGUCUAUUCUUAACCUGAAACUGUUCUUAACCCGAGGUACCACUUUAGCUAAUGGGGCCUCUUGCUGCUGUGCGAUUUCUUUUCUCAUCCUGAAGCAAAGUUCUUAACUUGAGGUACUAUUUCUGGGUUAGCAGAGUCUGUAACCUGAAGCGUCUGUAACCUGAAGCAUCCGUAACCCAAGGUACCACUAUAUUUAUAUACCACCUUUCUUCUAAUGAGCCUUCCAUGGUUCCCCUUCUCAUUUCACCAUUGCAACAAUCCUGUAAGGUAGGCUAGGCUGAGAGAGAGUGACUGGCCCAACAUCACCUACAGAACUUCAAAGCCAAAUGGGGAUUUGAACCUUGGUCACCCAGGGCGUAGUCUAAGUUUCUGACCAUCACACCACAAUGGCUCUUUGCACCUUUCUUCUGACCUGGUUGAACCAGUUCCUCAUUUACUUGGUUGGUAUAACUCCAAACAUGGAAGGACUCCAUUGGAAAUAUGAACUGUGUGCAAUAGUUCAGGUCACUAAAGCAGAAUUUUUGACACACUCUGAAAGCUACAAUUCCUGAGGUUUUCUGAGGGGAGGUGGAACACCACAGAGGUCAAAGAAGCUAAAAGUCAAGACUAUGAGUUCAGGUUUGUAUACAUUCAGUAGAAUGUGCUUGCAAGUACCAACAGAACCACUUAUGCCAGUAGCAGCCAGCAAGGUAACUCUUUCCUUGAUCCCACUCUAAAUCUCCCCUCUCUGUUAGCAAAGUCACUUAAAUAACACAGAUGGAGUCCAGAGAGAAAAGAAACCCUGACAACACUUUACUGAGGAAUCUGAACAAAACCGUGUAUGAUCUGAGGAGAAAUUUGCUUAUAACAGAUACAUUUCAGAAAGCGUGCCUGGUGUGCUUUGACUUCCAAAGCCUUCUUCAGUGGCAUAUUGUUAAAAGGGGGCAUUGCCUUGUGCAAGGGCUCAUAGAGCAAAUUUAUAUAGUAUAUUAUGCUAUGGGAAAAGGAGUCCCUUCCAGUGACACACAUUUUGAAAGCUGUGAUUCUGAAAUGCAGUCUCCCAUUUCCCACACUAGUGACUCAUUUGCUAUUUUGCUUCCUUGCAGAUUUUCCACCUGGGAGUCCUGAAGGCCCCUUUCAGGUCACAGAUGGCCCAGAUACCAUUGAUGUUUCUGGUAGCACCGUGGCUGGUACAGCAACCACAGUCAUGGGUAGCUCCCAGCCUGUGGUCCGAAGCGGCACAGCAGACAACCUCAUUCCUGUGUACUGCUCCAUUUUGGCAGCUGUGGUGGUGGGGCUGGUGGCGUACAUUGCUUUCAAGAGGUAAGCAUGCUCCCAAGGUUCAGUAAUGAGAGGAUUAUUUGUGCAGAAGAAGGACAUAAUCAACGUUCAUUAGGGUCACUCACAAAGCCCAAUCUUACUCACACCCUAAGCCCACUCCAUUCUUACAAGCUGCUCCCAUCAUUGCCGCUUCAUCCUUCCUCUGCCCCAUGACCAUCCUCCUUUUGUGAAAUUUACUUUGGGUCAAGGGAAGGGUCAAGGCAACUUUGUUUACUCUCCGGUCUUGGCAGAGCUGUUCGAAACUGGGAUGCAAUUGCAACCCAAUAAGAAGAUGAGGCUCUGUGUUAGAUUCCCAUUUUCCCAGCCAGAAAUGUGUGCAGAGUAGGGAUGGUCAAAUCUGUCAAUUUCAAUCCAUUCCACUUCUCAUUUUUUUCCAGUCUUAAAUUCAGUUGUCCACUUUACCGUAGAAAUUUGCAGAUGUUAGUGAAAAUAAUCCCGUGAAAAUUUACCAGCAUUUCCGUAUGAAAUUUUCCCCAAUGUGCACAUUUUAAAUGUGUUUUUGACUAACACAAUGCAUUUUUGUAUUUUAUUCUUGUAAUGUAUGCAUUUAUAUGUGCAGUUUACACCUAGCACGUGCAUUUUUGUACAUGUUUCUUGGCUGGAGAAGUGCACUGUGAAAUUCAGAAAAGGGCGGAUUUUGACGGAUAGCUGUGUUUCAGUUUGCAGAUUGUUUCAGAGAGUGUGAAUUAGGUAAGUUCGCCUUUAAAUGCGAACUGGAUCACAUUUCUCCCCCAUUCCCUAGUGCAGAGAGUGUCACUUUCCCACUGGGCACCAUCAGUCCCACUCCUGUCCUCUGCAGGGAAAGGUGCUCCAUCACAUACUAAGUCACGUCCGGCUUUCCCAUGCCCCAAAGUAGGUUUUGUGGUGGGGAUGAGGGUAACUUAGGGCAGGGAGGAGGCGGCGGCAGCAGCAGAGGCAAGGCAUUUUGGUGAGCAUCUGUUUGGAGUGUUCACAAUGCCUUGAUCCCUUUGGGGGCAAGCAAGGUGGUCUUCAAGCAUCGCUGGUGCUCAGCAGCAGAAUACACACCCAUUUUCUCCUUCCUCUUCAAGCUGCUUGUGUGGGAUGGUGUGGGUUUUGGCGCCCUCUUCCAUUUGCCCCAUAUGGCAGGGAAAAAGUCUCUGAGCCUGCCAACAUACCAUUAUUGUCAAGCCUAUGUUGGGUAUCUUUUCCAGACAGCUGCUAUUGCCUAGUUCUGGGAGUCGUCUUCUAUGUUGUUGGGUUCCCAGAAACCAGCCCUUGAAGGCUGGUGCAUGAUUCCUCAUCGGAAUGUGCAAGGAGGUGCCUCCAGACAUGGAAAUUUUGGCAAUCGUUGCCAAUCUGCUUUAUGGUGCAGGUGGAAUAGCAGUGCUUGGUGUAGGCUGUUGCCUGUAGGGAUUGGUUGGGUGGCGGGAAGGGAGGCCAACAGUAGGGGGAGCCAGAGGAAGUAACUGGCAGACUUUUGCUGAGUUCUACACUGAGACUAAGGAACGUGGGUAGUGCUGUGGGUUGAACCACAGAGCCUAGGACUUGCUGAUCAGAAGGUCGGCGGCUCGAAUCCCCGCGACGGGGUGAGCUCCCGUUGUUUGGUCCCUGCUCCUGCCAACCUAGCAGUUCAAAAGCACGUCAAAGUGCAAGUAGAUAAAUAGGUACCGCUCCGGUGGGAAGGUAAACGGCGUUUCCAUGCGCUGCUCUGGUUUGCCAGAAGCGGCUUAGUCAUGCUGGCCACAUGACCCGGAAGCUGUACGCCGGCUCCCUUGGCCAGUAAAGCGAGAUGAGUGUUGCAACCCCAGAGUCAGCCACGACUGGACCUAAUGGUCAGGGGUCCCUUUACCUUUACCUUUACACUGAGACUAAGGAGGAAGAGUCAGAGAUCCAGUACCAUUCACAUCUGGGGAAGGGUUGUAGCUCAAUGGCAGAGCAUCUGCUUUGCCUGUAAAAGGUCUCAGGUUCGAUCCCUGGUAUCUCCAGGUAGGGUUGGGAGUGCUCCUCGUUUGAAAAUCCCGAAAAGCCACAGCCAGUCAGUUUAGACAGUGCUGAAGUUGUUAGUCUCAACACCUUAUGCUCCUGGUUUUCUAUCCCAUUUACUCUAGCUGUAAGUAAGGAGACAGGCAGUUGGGAGCUGGAUCAAGGCAGGCUGAGGUGGGUGGGGCUAUGCCCCACUUGCCCUAAUGGGAUGGUCUCCACUGGCAACUCUGCUUCUGGAAUCCAAAUACAGUGGCACCUCGGGUUAAAUACUUAAGUACUUCCUUCUGGAGGUCUGUUCUUAACCUGAAACUGUUCUUAGCCUGAGGCACCACUUUAGCUAAUGGGGCCUCCAGCUGCUGCCGCGCCACCGGAGCACCAUUUCUGUUCUCAUCCUGAAGCAAAGUUCUUAACCUGAAGCACUAUUUCUGGGUUAGCGGAGUCUGUAACCUGAAGCGUAUGUAACCUGAAGCGUCUGUAACCUGAGGUACCACUGUAACAAUUUACAGUUUGGCUGGCAAUCCCCCCUUUCCUCAGCUCUAAAUGUUGGGUGUGUUGGUGGGGAGGGGGGCGAUUUUCAUUUGAACCAUGGUGUGGACAGAAACUGUUAAUUAUUAAUUCUACCCUCAUUACACUCUUGAUCAUGAUUAUUCCCCCAAACACACUGCAAUUUGGGGAAUUGGGGAGGAAUUGAUACAAAGGCAAUGACACACCCGCCAACAUUUCUCUGAUGAAAACAGAGACGUCUUAUUCAACAACAACAACAACAACAACUUUAUUUAUACCCUGCCCAUCUGACUGGGUUGCCCCAGCCACUCUGGGCAACUUCCAACAUAUAUAAAAACAUAAUUAAGCAUUAAACAUUAAACAAUUUCCCUGUACAGGGCUGCCUUCAGAGGUGUUCUAGAGGUUAUAUAGUAACUUAUCUCCUUGGCUUGGAGGUUGCAUAACUCCAUACCUUCCAACAUUUCUCUGCUAAAAUAAGGACAUCCUACCAUACCCUCCAACCUUUCUCUGAUGAAAAUAAAGAUGUCCUAAGGAAAAGUGGGACAUUCUGGGAUCAAAUCAGAAACCGGGCUGGCUUUUGUAAAUCCGGGACUGCUCCCGGAAAAUGGGUACACUUGGAGGGUCUGCAAUGAGAUUUGAAAAGACAAGGGUUAAAGCAAUAGAGCUGAAUGGUAGACAGGAGAGACCGACCAUAGAGAAGGAAAUGUCUUGAGUAAUCUAUACAGGCCAUAACCAGCCAAUCUAUGUACUGAACAGCUGCACAACGUAUCACCUACAUCUGGGGAUACUGCACAGCUGUUCCAUUGUGUGUGUUAAAAAAACAAAAAAACAAAAGCUUGGCUUUUCUAUGCUCCGAGGGUUGGGGAGGGGAAGAAAUGCUGAACAGGGAAACAUUGGAGCAGGAUGUUUUGUUGAAAAUGCCGUUGAAAUGCCUUGUUAAAAAGUGAGUAAACAAGGCUUGGCUAUUCCGUAGUAAGUGCAUAGUUAAGAUAACGGAAUUCGCUACUGCAAGAUGUAGGGAACGCAAUCGAGUCGGACAGCUUCAGAAGGGAGUUAGCUACACGCCUGGGGGAGAACGCCAGCCAUGACGGCUUUAUUAUGUCCAGUAUCAGAGGAGGUAUACCUCUGAUUGCCGGUUGUUUGGGAUUAUGUGUGGGAAAGAACUGUGGCACUCAGGUCCUGCUUCGCUGGUUUCCCACAGGCAACUGUUUGGCUGCUGUGAGAACAGGAUGUUGGACUAGAUUGGCUUAUGCGCGCUGCUCCGAGAUGCACACAGGGGUCAGGAACGUAAUCUCUCCACAAACCGGCCAUUGCCUGUGUAUAUAGAAUCCACCAGCGUAUUUAUGGGCUUCGUUUCCAUUUGCUUGCUGUUUCAGGAAAUGCACGUUAGGUAGAGUCAGGUUUAAACACGCACUUUCUCCCCCCAUCCUUUAGGCCCACCAAAAUCUAGAGCUGGCUAGUGAUGAGCUAAAAGGUAAAGGGGCCCCCGACUAUUAGGUCCAGUCGUGACCGACUCUGGGGUUGCGGCGCUCAUCUCGCUUUAUUGGCCGAGGGAGCCGGCGUACAGCUUCCGGGUCAUGCGGCCAGCAUGACUGAGCCGCUUCUGGCAAACCAGAGCACCUCACGGAAACACCGUUUACCUUCCUGCCAGAGCGGUACCUAUUUAUCUACUUGCACUUUGACGUGCUUUUGAACUGCUAGGUUGGCAGGAGCAGGGACCGAGCAACGGGAGCUCACCCCAUUGCGGGGAUUCGAACCGCCGACCUUCUGAUCGGCAAGUCCUAGGCUCUGUGGUUUAACCCACAGCGCCACCAGCACUAAAGUUCAGAUUUGUAGGCAGCCCUGGAAUAAUGAUAAUAAUAAUUUAUUAUUUAUACCCUGCCCACCUGGCUGGGUUUCCCCAGCCACUCUGGGCAGCACCCAACAGAAUAUUAAAAACACGAUCAAACAUCAAACAUUAAGAACUUCCCUAAACAGGGCUGCCUUCAGUUGUCUUCUAAAAGUCAGAUAGUUGUUUAUUUCCUUGACAUCUGGUGGGAGGGCGUUCCACAGGGCGGGCGCCACUACCGAGAAGGCCCUAUGUCUGGUUCCCUGUAACCUCACUUCUCACAGUGAGGGAACCACCAGAAGGCCCUCGGAGUUCGACCUCAGUGUCUGGGCUGAGCGAUGAGGGUGGAGAUGCUCCUUCAAGUAUACUGGGCCAAGGCUGUUUAGGGCUUUAAAGGUCAGCACCAACACUUUGAAUUGUGCUCGGAAACGUACUGGGAGCCAAUGUAGGCCUUUCAGGACCGGUGUUAUAUGAUCUUGGUGGCCAUUCCCAGUCACCAGUCUAGCUGCCGAAUGGCUGGGGUGGGGUUGCAACCAGCCUGCUGGGCUACUUGAUAGCUGAACCCCAUCCUUAGAAGGUUCACCCUUAGCAAGUGUAGGAGACCUUUGGCCCUGCAGAUGUUGCUGAACUCUAUCCCCCCAGCAUGCAUGGCCAAUGACCAGCGAUGGUGGCAGUUGUAGUUCAGUGACAAGUGGAGGGCCAAAGGUGUGUCCCCCCCACCCGAUCCAGGGGCGGCUUCAUGGUCUUCUGGUUCAGCACGGGAAGUGUCCUAGGGAGAUAAAUGCAGGCUCUGUUCCUUCCAUAUGAGCCUUUGUGGACUUCCAUGAAAACUUUGGUUGCCGAGAAUCAAGGAGCCGGUGCAGACGAGUGCAACCUCAUGCCUGGACUGGAGAAACAGUCCCUGCCGCGAGGUUUGCCUGAGCAAGCCCCGAGAAGAUUGGGCUCACCACACCCAAAGCAUUGUGAUCCGCAGGGAGCAAUCUACCGUGUUGGCAACGGCGCCAAGUUUGUGGUCUACCUUGAUCCGGGAAAGGAGGCGUGAGCAUCUGAGGCUCAGCUGUUCCCUGCUUUUUCACCUCUAGGUGGAACAGCUGCAAGCAGAACAAGCAAGGAGCCAACAACCGUCCCGUCAACCAGACGCCUUCGCCGGAAGGGGAGAAGCUCCACAGCGAUAGCGGCAUCUCGGUCGACAGCCAAAGCCUCCAUGACCAACAGCCGCAAACACAGACGGCAUCCAUGCAAGGCAAGGGGGAUGGCCUGCUGGGUGAACGGGGAGGAAGGCCUAGGGGAUGCCAGCUAGCUUCAGGGAAUAGGGGGCAGCAGCUGCCAAGCGUGUUCAGGCUGUCACCUGCAAAUCAUAGAACUGUAGAAUUGGAAGGGACCAUGAAGAUCAUCCAGUCCAACCCCCUGCAAUGUGGGAACCUUUCGCCCAACGCGGGGCUCAAACUCACGAUCCUGAGAUUAAGAGCUUCAUGCUCUUCCAACUGAAUUGUAGGAGCCAACUCCUAGGGGCUGAGUUCCCUUUGGCCCCCCAAUAAGAUAUUUAAGGAGGCAUUGCCAUUCAAAUGGGGUGUGUGCACCAGGUCUGGUGAUCAAUUACCUGCCCCCCCUCCAUAUUUUAUUUAACUUGGCACCCUUGGACUGAGCUACUCUAGUUGUAACUGGCAGAAGCUGGUGAACUAAGCAAAACACAAUGGGAGACAAAGGUCAGUCCUCUUUUUCCAUCGCCCCACAGACUCAGUAGUGGCCCAUCCAAAUGACGGGGAAUUCCAUCUUGAUUUCCAAACUGAAAGGGAGCAUUGUAGGACAGGGCCAUUUGAGCAAUCAGACUUCCGAUGCAAAAAGCAAAAUGCAUAACAAGCAUAGUGGUACCUUGGAACUCGAAUGGCUUGGCUCCCAAAUGCCGCAAAUCCGGAAAUAAGUGUUCCGAUUUGCAAACGUUUUUCGGAAGCUGGAUGUCCGACGCAGCUUUGGUGGCUUCUGCGGCUUCCGCUUGAGUGCAGGAAGCUCCUGCAGCCAAUUGGAAGCCGUGCCUUGGUUUUUGAAUGGUUUUGGGAGUCGAACGGAAUCCCGGAACAGAUAAGUUUGAGAACCAAGGUACCACUGUAUUCACCAAGCAAAUAUGCAUCUAUCCAUCCAUACAUCUCUCUCUGUGUGUAUUGCACAGAGCCCCAAAAUAUUAAGUGUAGGGUUGUUUUUUAAAACCAAGGUGUUUUGGGUUACAGAACUGAAAUGAUAGGCUCCCCUAAAUCUGUGCUCCCCCCACCAAUGUUCUUUAUUUAGAACUGGUGAUUUUAAACACCUUUCUUGUUUGCAAAGCUUUAAAUUGCAGGGGUUGGACCAGAAGACCCUUGGGGUCCCUUCUGACUCUACAAUUCUAUGAAAACAAAUAAGCAAAAGGAUGUAUCUUUCUCACUUCUUCCUUUGGAAAUUAAGAUCACCUUUCACUCCUGAUCGAUGGAUUUAUUCAGGGAUGGACAGCAGGACUGAUCUACCAUUAGGCAAAUAUAUAUCAUCACUUGAAUGAUGCUGGUGGGAGGCAGAGACUUUUAUUCAAAUAUCAAGAAGAGUUGAAACAAAACCAUACAAUGAUUUCUUUACCAAAUUCGUUAGGUCCACUAGAACAUUUUAUUUUAUUUUUUGGUUAAAAAAAAUAGUACGGAACAGAACUAAUCCUGUAUACUUGCCUCUCGCACGGCCACUUCGUUAUAAAUAGAUUGUGUUGCAUACAAAUUAAUACAAUUCAAUACAAUCCAUGUAUGGUGCUGGACACAUUGCAGCUUAGUGUUCUUCAGUAUAUGAGUAAAUCUGAUUAUGAUUAUUGUUGAAAAUUAGUGGGCGUAGCAGAUUUAUUUAAAAAAUAGAUGCUUGCCUCCAUCCAUCCAUCUUUCUAUCUAUAUUUGGAAGAGAAGUAUUCCCACCCCCACUCAACUGGGUUAAAACUGAUUUUCACUUUGACUGGGGCACUUGUAUUCGACAUACGUUGCCUUCCAUUGUAAUUCUCCUACCAUCAAGUAUGGCCCACUCUCCAUUCUACUCCCUACUCCCACAUUUCAUACCCCAACAGACUCUUUUCUGGCGCCAGCACCCCUCUGUUGAGAGCCAGUGUGGUGUAGUGGUUAAGAGCGGUAGACUCGUAAUCUGGUGAACCGGGUUCGCGUCUCUGCUCCUCCACAUGCAGCUGCUGGGUGACCUUGGGCUAGUCACACUUCUCUGAAGUCUCUCAGCCUCACUCACCUCACAGAGGGUUUGUUGUGGGGGAGGAAGGGAAAGGAGAUUGUUAGCCACUUUGAUAAAGUGAUAAAGUGGGAUAUCAAAUCCAAACUCUUCUUCUUCUUCUCUGUUGGCAUUUUGUUUGCUCAAAUGGGAGGCUGUCAAAGCAGUUUGCUAAACUGGUCUCUGAAACAGCCCCCUCUCAAAGUUUACAGAUGGGGGGACCCCACUUCAGAGAGCAGCUUGGCUUAGGGCCUUCCUACACGAGAGAGAGAGAGAGAGAGAGAGAGAGAGAGAGAGAGAGCGCGAGCCUGCGCUUCAAAAUGCAGAAAACCUUCAAACUCCCUCCAUAUUUCUCCUUUAAAACUCCGAGGAAGUUUAAAGAGAAAUGAGGGGGGUGGGGACAUAGACAUCACACCCCCAUCAGCUGUUGGGUUCUAGGAGAACCCCCUGCUCAAGGUUUUCAAAUGCUUCCCCUCCGCGUUUCUGCUUCAACCCUCUGUGGAAGUUUAAAGGAGAAGUACGGGAGGGUGGGGUGGGGGGUGUUGAAAAGCCAUUUGUAAACAUCCCCAUGUGAAGAGGCUUACAAAGGGCUGUUUGAAAAACCCUGCAGUUUGCUUUGAUGUCCUGACAAUCAGAGCAGCGCCAGAUUUAGGGUGGCGCAGAUGGCACCCCUGCACUGGGUGCCGAGCUGAGAGGAUUAAUAAUAAUAAUAAUAAUAAUAAUAAUAAUAAUAAUAAUAUCUGACUGGGUUGCCCCAGCCACUAUGGGCAGCUUCCAACAUGUAUAAAAACAUAAUAAAAUAUUAGACAUUAAAAAGGCUUCCCUAUACAGGGCUGCCUUCAGAGAUCUUCUAAAGUUAAUAAUAAUAAUAAUAAUAAUAAUAAUAAUAAUAAUAAUAAUACCUACUCAAAGUUAGGGGGCACCAAUUCUUGUCCUUGCUCAGGUUGCCAUAUUACCAAAAUCCAUCCCUGAUUGGAGAAGCAAAACCUGAUAUCACUCUGACAUCAGGUGAUUGACAAGUGACUGACUCCAACCACCAGGCAGCUUUGGCCUGCAAUGGGUUGGGGAGAUAAAGAUCUGGUCUUCUGGCUCAAAAAGGUUCCCUGCCCUUGGUGUAGACAACUCUGAGCUGGGCGGGACAAUGACCUGACUCGGGUUAAGGCAGCUUCCUCAGUUCCUAGUAGGGCACUGAUGGUCAGAUGCAGGCCUGCUUUCCCAAUGACAGAUCCAGACCUUCUUGGCUUCUGAGGUGGGCUGGGUGUUGACUUCCUACCUACGUAACCCCUUUUGUGCUCCCCACCCCUGUUCCCCCCACUCCAGGCCUUAAAGGAGACGGGAACCUUUACACCAACCUGCCUGUCAACAAGAGGGAGGAGGUUGAGAAGCUGCUGAACGGUUCCACCGAGGAGACUUGGCGCCACUUGGCUGGGGAGCUGGGCUACAAGGAGGACCACAUAGACUCCUUCACUCAGGAGGAGUACCCCGUCCGCGCCCUUCUCUCCGACUGGUCCAGCAAAGACAGCGCCACAAUGGACGCCCUUUAUACCGCCUUGCGCAAAAUCCAACGGGGGGACAUUGUGGAAAGCCUCUACAGCGAGUCCACUGCCAGUUCGCCAGUCUGAAGCAGGGGAGGCGGGGCAGAGGUCCUACGGGCCAGCCCCUCUGUGAUUCCCCACCCUGCUUUUUCCCUCACCGAUGCCUCUCGGGGUGAAGACACAUGAAGGAAAACAAAAUGGAGCUUAGUCUCCCCAUGGCCACCAUCGUUUCUGCGGAGCACCAGAGCAACCCUGUAAUGCACUGCAUCGGUUGUGGGUUGUUUUCUUCCUCCUCCCCAGUAUUUUCACCCAAUACCUCUUACCUGUAGCAGACAGUAAGAUGCUAAAAAAAGGAGAAAGAAACAGAGGAAGGUAACUGGAACGAAUGUUAUUGCUUGUGUGUGUGUGUGUUUCAAGAAAAAAUGGAUUGACAGCAUUUUGCUGGUCCUGCAGAACUUGCACCCAGUCGAUGCUGCUAGUUUGGUCUCACUCUUCCAGGUGCCUCUGAAUGGCCAUCUUAUGUGCCUCUCCAUCCUUGUCUCUGUGGAUCUUCUUUCCUCACUUGUACUUGUCAAUCUUCAGCCACUGACUCUUCCUUUUUAGGCACUGUGUCCCCCUAAGCCAAGAAAUACAAUAGGCAGCCUGGCUUGAAUGUGUUGCAUGGCCGACGGACUUGAAGGAGGCUGACAGAGGAUGAAUAUUUGGAUCUGGAGCAUGAGGAUGUUAAGAGGACACGAUGGAGACUUUAUCUUCAGGGAGCGUCUCUGGGAGGGGAGGAAGGAUGUGAUUUCUGGCUUGUCAAAACUGACACUGUGAAGAUCAAACCUCGAAGUAUAUGGACAGAGGCUUAGGAGGAGACCCUCAUCCAUGUUUCCAUCCAUGCGUUGCUGGCAACAUCAAGAAUGUCUUUGGUCCCUGAUCUCUCUUUUUCUUGCUCAAGAUGCAUUCCUCGUAGUUCAGUGAAGCUGUGUUGAACCUCGCCCCGUAGCUCCCUUGCUGGGUUUGAUCAAAGCUAGCCAGUCCCCAAAUGGGACAGCGCUAGUUUAAAAAGGGGUUAUAAGCCAUACUUGAGAGAGCAGAGCUGGCCAAGGCAAACAAACUAACAGUGCAAACAUUGUCGUUAAUGAGUGGGAAUUGUAUUAAUCACUGUGAUCCUAUAAACCUGGCCUCAUUAUCCCAGAUGUUGUGUUCGUGAGACAUAAUUAAAGCGAUGCUCUGCAUUCUUCCUCAGACUAGUGAACCAAUCACUGUGGGUUAUUAAAGCCAUUACCUCUGUUGCAUUAAAAAGGGGGUGAGCAAAAGUCCCCCUUGGUGGCCUUAAGACAUAAGGUGGAGAGAGGAGGGCUGUGGUUCUAUGCUAAAGACUCAGAGCUAGAUUUGGGUUGGGUGUUAAACCUCUAUGGUUUGCCGGUGUUCCCCUAUCCCCACCCAUUUUCAUAAAUAUUAGAGGGUACUGAAAAGUAAAAUAAAGGGUGGGGGGACGGGGACGGUCUCCAUAAGUGAAGAGGAUCCACCUGAAGUCAUUGGGCCAACUAAAGUGAACUGGGAUCAUCGCUUCCCCCUUGAUAUAUAUUACAAGAUAUUUGUAGACCUGGUGGAGAACUUGUGAUGUUUGAAAAUUUGCAGCAUUUUGAACCACUGCGGAGCCUGCCAGAGGAGAUCAUCGCACUGCUCCUGUUGUCUCUCUGGACUGGAAUUAUGCAGAAAAGGGAUCCUCUUCACCCACUCACAGAAGUAUAUAAGGGCUUUAGGAAGAGUUGGAAACCAAUACAUAAGAAAGCUGGGAUGGAAUGCAAGAGAAUUUUCCAGCCCCACACUUGGGUGCGAUGAGGAGUAUAUGGCAGCCCUCCGAGAAAGGUUGCUUUUCUGGUUAAAACACAUUUUGCUUCCGUCAAUAAUUUCUCCAGUGUUUUGCCUAAACUGGAACAUCUCAAUUUGCCUUGAAAAUUUGCUCUAGGCAAAACUGAAUGGCAGUUCUAGGUAGGAUGGGAUUAUUAAUUUUUAUUUUUUAAAACCUCUCUCUUGUCAGACAACUGGGACUACCACUUCUUUUACAAGCUGUUGGCAUCAGAUGGCCAGAAUCUCUAAGUAAGAGGUGGACAAAAAUCCAGAAGAUGUGGCGAACCAGUAUGCAAGUCCUGAGUGGUAGAAUGUAUUGGGAAAUCAGCACCACAGAUGGUGUGUUACUCCCUUCAAAUUGCCACUCAGGUGAUUAAUCUUCCUCCUGAGCCACCGGUGCGACAGGUAUCUGUAAACACCUGCACGCAGUAUCAGCAGAUAUCAGCAGAUAGCGAAAGUGAGGCUUGAGGCAUAGAUACGAAGCACUACGUUUAUUAUUUACAGGACAAAGGAAAGCAUGGCUCCUCUUACUUUCUUCAUCGGCAAGAGAAGAGAAGAGCAAAAGCAAUAUCACGGAAACGGCGUAUCUGAACUUCCGGUCCCAUGACAUCCAACACUGUGGAAUGUAAACGCAGACGCGUGACAACAACAAUCACACAUCUGCAGCACGGAGGAGUGGAAUUCCCAACAGAAUGGACUACACAAGAAAAGCAUGAAACUGCCAUAUCCUUAGAUAACUGAUUGGCCUAAGUAUUGUCCACUCUGGCAGGUUGCAUCCCCCCAAUGGUUCAGAUAGAGGCCUACCAGAUUUUUUUUAUGGGUAGAGACAUCAGGAGUUGGGGUGUUCUACAUGCAAGGCUCUACCACUGAGCUAUAGCCCACCCUCAUCUUAACCUUGGUCAGAAGGUCUCUAGGGUGGUCCUUCAACCAUCAACCACCAUGAUCCCCUCACACUGUUUCUUCUCCUGGUGGAGAAAUGUGCUCUAUAUUUCAGGGACUACCCAAGAGAAGCAAGAAGAUAAUGCAAAACGAUCUGACUCUUCUUGACCAGCCAUGACUGCUGAGCCAUUCUGUCCCCUUUGGGCACACUGCAGCCAAGCAUGCCCCUUAUUUUAUUUUUUUAUGGGGACACCAUCCUAUCUUCAUGCUUAGAGAAGAGAGGCAAGAUAAAAGCACCGGUGAAAUUUGGAUCAUUGUGGACAAUCAUGUAUAGAAUUACCCCCCAUUUCAGUGGGUCUAUUUCUGCAUGCAAAAAAAUUAAAAUAAAUAAUUUCAAUCUCUCUCUCUUUUUUUUUUGGCCAACUUUGAUCAUAGUUCUAACACUGGUGGGACAAAACUGGUGGCGGUAACUCCUAGCCAGAGUGUGUGCACAGCUCUGUAGUAGCUACUAUCUAUGAACAGAACAACAGAGAAUGUUUGACCACUGUUGGUGAGAGCAUAGUGCCAUAUAUUCAAACUAAACUAACAGCUUUGAUGUCAAACUUUUUAAAAUAGAGAUGGUGGAACCAUUGGCUGCCAAUUCCAGAAAGCUUCAUUAGAAACUUUUUGUCCCUUGAAAGGUGGUGGACUCUCCUUCCUUGGAGGUUUUUAAGCAGGGGUUGGAUGGCCAUCUGUCAUGGAUGCUUUAAGCUGAGAUUUUUGCAUUGCAGGGGGUUAGAUGAGAUAACCCUUGGGGGUAUUUUCCAACUCUACUGCCCUGUGAAUCUAUGGUUCUGUCCCUUCUGGUCCACAUUCUAGAUUGCAAUCAUGGAAUUCCAGACCGGCGGAAUUACCUCCAUGUGCAUGUGCAAAACGCCACAUGCCUGAUGAAAUCAGUGAUUGUGUAGCACACCGAAGACCUCUGCAGAUGAGCAUAGAGGCCUGGAGGAUGUUUCUGGGCCACAUUAGGCCUCCCUGCACAUCUGCAGAAUCCCUGACAUUGCCAGUGAAAUAGUGGACUAUGCACAGGAGCCUGGAAAGGUUUCAAGGACUCGCCAGAACUUAACAGAAGCUGCUCCAUUAGCUGAGAGAUUCUAGGAAGUCCUGUUUUCCUUCUUGGACCCAUCCCACCCUGGCCGGAAGAACAGUACACUCCACCGUAGGCUGUGCUUGUAGCAAAAUCAGGCAGUGUUCUUAUCUGAUAGGACAGAGGCCACGGAUAUCAUCUCUAAUUAAUAAAUGAGCAUGGAACAGGUCCAGCUGCAACACGCCAGUUUACAACCUCUAGAAGAUCACAGAGUUGCAGAACGGAAAGCAGAAUCUCACGGUUAUCAAAGCUGCCUCCAGACCGUCGCUAUUUUGAGCGAGGGAUUCCAUCUCAUACUGGAACUUUAGCUUUGCACAGCUAAGCUAGAUGAGCAGAUAAGUGCUAUGGUAACAUGGCACAGCAAAUCCACCUUUAAAAACACACACCUUGUGGUGUUAGGAAAGCGAUGGGAAUAAAUGGAAUAAAACGCGUAGGGCAAAUGACAGGUGGGUGGGGAGCAGCAUAACCUCUCGGCAAAUAAAUCAGAACGAUUGCCUCAUGAAGAGCAGGCAUCGUUUAGAAGUCCCGUGAAACCUUUGUGCGAGCAGCUCGGGAUGACUGCUCAGCUGAACGUGGCAGAAAGAUACUGAGCAUCCUUUUUGUUGUUGUCGAUAGAAAUCACAAGAGGCAGUGAUGGCCACCAAUUUGGAUGGCUUUAAAGGAGGAUUAGACCAAUGCCUGCUGGUUAAGGCUAUUGAUGGCUACUCGCCCAGCCAUGUCCUGUCUCCAGUAUCAGAGGCAGCAUACCAGGAAUUCUGUAUAUUGCUGGAAACCACAGGAGAGAAGAGUGCUGUUUUCAUGCUUGGAGGAUUCCCAUGGGCAUUUGGUUGGCCACUGUAAGAACAGGAGGCUGGACUAGAUGGGUCCAUGGCCUCUUCUUAUGAAUAUGCAGACCCUCCUCAAUCUUAAAUUCAUGAGAACAUGUGUGCCUUUGGAGAAGAAAGCCAAAUGUGUGUGUUUCGCCCCCCCACCCAAUAAGUCAACAGAUGGUAAAUUCUUAAGCUGAGAACCAACUAAGAGACAGGGGAAGAUGGGGAGUCACGGGUUAUACAUAACGUGGCUGCAAAAUGGACACUGAUGCUGAAUAAGCUGAUUUCACAUGGAGAAGAGUCUUCUGUAUCAGAUCCAUGCUUAAGUUUCUAAAGGUAUUUUGCAUGAAAGAAAGAGAGAAAAACCGUUAGAAAGCUACAUUUCCCCACAAAACUUGGUUGGCAUAUUUGUAAAUCUGAUUCAGAAUUUCACAGCUAGAAAGAAAGCAAGAGAGAGAGAGAAAAGUAUUAUAAAAGAAAAAGGAAAUAGCCAAAGUUAGUACCUUACAAAAAAAAUAAAUCGCUGCCUAUAUUUUACAUUUCUUUGUUGCGAUGCGUGGGGUUUCUAUUUUGUUAAUACUCUUGUUCCCCCGUCCCGUGGUUUGCUUGUAAUACAAAUGCCAGUUUAUUAAAACAGUCUUUACCAAUAAUAAACAUUUCUGUAAUAGAAGCAAUUGGAUUGGUCAGUAGGUUUCACGGCGAUUGUCCGAAAGGCCCAUUUCCCCCUGGCUUUUCAGUUUGCAUGGGUGGAUGACUCAAAGGGGACGGCGGGGGAGGGGGCGAAAGGUGACUUUAGAUGAUGUUGUAGUGGCUGCGUGGACAACUGUAACUGUGUACUGUUCAGAUGUGAAUAAAUAUGUGUACCUGUG